CUUCACCCGCCGGGGCAGCGCCCCCUCCUCACGUCACCAGACUCAGAGCCGCUUGCCUCCCAUUGUGACGUAGGCCGGCCUCUUACUCUGCAGGUCUACUAGUGAUCAGCAGAGCGCUGAGCGGCAGCAGCGCCGAGCCGGAUACCCUGGACAGCUCUCAGUGUGCUUGGUGGCCGUACCGUGAGAUUCCCCCCCUCUAUCUGCUGCAGGCAUGGUGAGUACAUGGGGAGAGCACAUCCCAGCCUUGGGUUUCAUUCAUUAUUGUAACUGUGUGCCUUCCUGCAGCUAUCCUGUGCAUUGCAAAGGAUGGGGACACUGUCAGCAUCACUGGGAUACCCUAUAGAGAGCUGGGGCACUGUCAGUAUGCCUUGCCAUAGUAGGAGCCAUAGGGUUGGGAGGUAAGGCACACUCACUCUGUAUUUGCAUACAGAUGCAAACAUGCAAGCUAAAUGGUGAUUGUAUAAAUAACCCUUUAAAAGCAUAUAGGCUUUAAAUGGAUAGAUCUGUUAGGAACAAAUUAGGAAUCAGGGGAAAAAGGCAUUUAGUUUUUAAGAGGUUUGUUUGCUUUAUUAGGGGAUUUUAGCUGCUUCCACUGGCAUGGUUAGAGUUAAUGCUGAAUGCAUUUGUUCUGAUGAUUUCCCUGUGAGAUACAUUGUAACCCACGUUCCAUGAUCUAGUUCUGGCAGGGUAAUGUGUUCUCAAGGAAUGGGAACUUGAUGCCUCGAACCUCCAAGAGUAGUCGAUGUGCCUUCAGGUUUAACAAAGUGAUGCUCCCAUGGAAUGUUGCAAAUCAGUGUCUCUGUGUCUUGUUAGAUCUGAACAAAAAACAAAAACCAUUAGACAUGGACUAGAAUUUAUUUCGACAUUGGCAUCAAUAAAUCAGUAUGUUCCAACAUAUUACUAAUGGCAUUAGGGAGAAUCAAGCUGUUAAGUGUCAAGUGUUGGGGGGGGCGAGUGGGUUUGGGGGGGUGGAUGGUAUAUAUUAUUUAACCAUUUAAGCGCUGAAGCAAUUAAUAUUCUUUCAAAGAGGUUAAAUGUGUGUGAGAAAGAUUUACUGAGCACAAACAAACAUCCUAACCUACAUUUGUGGGUAGUUGUGCCUUGGGCAGAUCUGCAAGACAAGAGAAUGUAAUCCUAGAUGGGAAGAGUAAAAUGGGAUGGAUUGGGGGAGGAGAGUGCGGUGGGCUGAGGAUAGGGCGGGGGAUCCCUUUUAUUCUGCAAAGUGGGGAAAGCUCAGCAUUCUGAAAGACUGACCUACAAAAUAAAAAGUGCAUGGGAUGUUCAGUGCAAUACAAAUCACAGCAGGUCUGCUUGUGGGGUUCAGUAGUGAAGCAGAAUGCAGGAGUUAUUGUGGACUAGCAGCUCUGCGGUGCCUCACAAUUAUUUUUCUGAUUAUUGUAGUAUACUGCUUGGUAAAGACAGGCAGUUAGUUAUAUGCAUUAAACAUAUUCAGCUCCCCCACUUCUCAUAUUAAGUCAAAUAAUUGCACUUUAUAUUACUUUCAUUACCAAGGCAAUAGAAAUACAUUUCUAAUUUUGAAAAGAUUAUAUGUGAGCAUUAGGGUUAAUCAGAUGACUAGCAGUUCCAUUAAAAAAAAAAAAAAAUAAUAAUAAUAUAUAUAUAUAUAUAUAUAUAUAUAUAUAUAUACACACAUAUAUUAUCAUAGUGUUACCAGUGAUAAUCAGUAUCUGAAAUGUUAUCUUAAGAAUUAUAUUUUAAAAUAAUGUAUACCUGUUGCUGCACAUUUACGUACACAGUUUAUCAUUAUGGAAACCACAAACUCUCAAUUUCAAUGGUAAGUCAGUAAGGGUUAUAAUUUUACCAUAUUGCCAGAUUUAAUGCUGUGCAAAGCAAACCCUACAUCUGAUGAUCAAAUUAAAAGUAUAUAAAUAACAUACUUUGACUACACCACAGGCCACUUUAAAGGGUAUAAAUUUGCACUGCUUAUUUUAGCUUUUAUUUAUUUAUUUUUUUCUGCCUAAAUUCCUUUUUUUUUCCUUUCUAAAUUCCUUUGCUGUGGGUGCUCCGUCCCACACAUUAAAUUAUAAAUAUAGAACUCUAGCCGACCUGGUAACUUUCCAUGAAGCAAAAAUGCACUUUUACUGCUACUUUAUCCCCCAGUAGCUUUGGUACAUAGAUACAACAUACAGAAUGGUAUGACCUCUUAUUGUAAUACAGUAACUGUAACAUACAACAGACAAUGGGUAAGUAACCUUUGACUUGUCAGGCUACAGUUUGCCUGCAACUACAGUAACUAAGCAGCAGCAUUCAUCAAUACUGUGUAGGCACAGACUAUACGUUGACAAACUCCUAGCAGUUAUUGUGUGUAAAAAAUCAGAAAUAUAUAUAAAUGUACUGUAUUAAAAAAUAUUUUAUUUUUUUUACUUUAUUUGUAAGAAGAUUCUUAAAUCAGAAUAUAAUUGUGAUUAAAGAACACUACCUCUGGGUUAUUUUCUGACAUUUCUGAGGGAGACAUCACAUGUUAAUGUAAUUUGCGUGUGAUAGCAUAUAGCUUAUUCUAACAGCCUUGCAGCCAUCAUAGACUGCAUUCUGUAUGCACACAUGUGUACUAUGCCCGUCACAUCGUUCAUUUGGUGAAUUUGUGCUGUUAGGGAAUUGUAAGUAAGCAAUCUAGAAAAAUCACUGCUAAGAACUAAGAACUGGGCAUUUGAAGCAAAUCAUCUAAAAAGUUACUGCCUUAUUCCCAAUUUCUUUACUCUAAUACAGUGAUUAUCUUACUUUUAAUGGGAGGUAGUGAUCAUUCUGAACUAUUUUCACUGCCUUCAGAUUUUCCAUACUAUUCAAAAAUGUUAGAGUGAUGCUGAUAUGGCUGGCCUAUAUUCCGAUAACAACUUCUGACCAAUAGGUUUUAUUUUUUAUUUAUUGUAAGCAAGUUUUUGAACCAGUAACCCCAAAGCAAAAUAUAACAGACACUCUCGGAGAACUAGGUUUAAUAACUUUUGACUAGUUGCCCACUUGUUAGUUCACAUAAGCGGACAGAGGCUUCAUAGCUUUCCCGUGCACAAAGAUUUUUUCUUCUGCUGUUUUGGGGAUUUUAAUUUGGCCAGGCAAGCAUCAAAGAAUCUACUGUUGUCAUUUGUUACUACCCCACAUAGCACAACCAAAGCUAGAAUCUAUUGCAAAGAGUAGGAGUGUGUACACUUACAACAUUUUGAAUACUCAGAAGAUUUCUUUCAUAGAUUUUAUUGAUAAAAAAAAAAACAUGUAAAGUCUCAUCAAGUGAGCAUGAUAAAUGCACAGUAGCCACUGGUUAUAUUUUGUGCCUUAUUGGAACGCAUUCUGUUGAUAGUGAAUAGAAGCGUGUCGAUAUAAAACAAGCCAUUUAAUGUUUCCAAACGUGAAAUACACUUUCUGGAGAAGGACAAGCACUUUAGCUUUUCACCUUGAUAAAUUCUAUAAAUUUUGUCAAUUGCAUGUCAGCAAUUUGAGCAAACAAUUGUAAGUUUCAGAUCUUAAGCAAUGCUGGCUAAAUGCCAUCCUGAGCGGAAUUUAAGGUCUAAAUGUGCGCUAGUAUUGAGUAACCAUUCAACCAAAUAAAUAUCAUGGUCACAUCAGUUAAACCUACCUUUAUGUCAUAUAUAGUUCCAUUUUACAAACUUGCUGUCUCCUGCCAAAAGUGUACAAAAUACAGAUUAGGGAACAGCGUACACCAAAAAAAAAAAACAGUUUACAUUUUUACAGGGCCACAUAAAAACACCUAUCAGCAAAUUAAUAAUAUAGCCAAACUGUGUUAAAGGACCACUAUAGGCACCCAGACCACUUCAGCUUAAUGAAGUGGCCUGGGUGCCUGGUCCAUCUAGGGUUAACCCUUUCUGCUGUUUACCUAUGGGUUAAUCCAGCCUCUAGUGGCUGUCUCAUUGACAGCCGCUAUAGGCGCUUCCAGCGUCCGUAGGAAAGCAUUGAGACGGAAGAAAAGGGAGGAGAGUCCCAGCCCGAGAGAGCCCGGUGCUUGAAAAGAGGUAAGGGAUUAACCCCUUCCUCCUCCUUCAGCGCCACGGGAGUGGGACCCUGAGGGUGGGGGCACCCUCAGAGCACUAUAGUGCCAGGAAAACGAGUUUGUUUUGCUGGCACUAUAGUGGUCCUUUAAGCCAACCACCACUACGUCACUGUACCUCAAUAACGGUGUGUCCUACACUAAUUUUAACAUGUGAGAUUAACAUGCUAACUGCAACACUUACUGCUUAAACUGCUUCCAUAGACUUUCCUCAAUGUAUGCUUUUUUUGUAGUCACCUCUAAAGAGGCACCUGUAGUGGAUGGCAGGGUCGCCAUCAGGGGGUGACAACUUUCCCUCUCUGCACACAUAGAUAGCGAAUAUCGCUAUCUAUUUGUGCAGCCACGGGCCCCCGGCUCCCUGUUACCGCAGAGGGGGCCCAGCACACUGCCUCUACUCUUCUCUUCUCCUCUCUUCUUAUAACUCUCGCGAGACCCGCGGCCUUCUGAGCGUUGCCACGGGUUACCAUGGCAAUGCUCCGCGUGGCACGCAGGCCGUGGGUCUCGCAAAAGUUAUUGGAAGAGAGGAGAAGAGAAGAGUAGAGACAGUGUGCUGAGCACCCUCUGCGGUAACAGGGAGCGGGGGGCCCCCAUGCCACCGGACCACCAGGGAUGGAAUCUCCCCCUUCCCUGGACACAGGUAAGAAGCAGGGAGGGGGGAGAAACAUUUAAUUAAAUUAAUGUGAAAAUGCCCUUCCUCCACCCCCACCCCCAGAUUGCACAUUUACACACACUGCAUACACUAACACAACACACACACACUGCAUACACUAACACAGCACACACACACUUCAUACACUAACACAACACACACACACUGCAUACACUAACACAACACACACACACUGCAUACACUAACACAACACACACCCUGCAUAAACUAACACAACACACCCUGCAUACACUAACACAACACACACUGCAUACACUAACAAAACACAUACACUGCAUACAACAAUACAACACACACACUGCAUACACUAAUACAACACACACACUGCAUACACUAACACAACACACACCCUGUAUACACUAAUACAACACACACUCUACAUACACUAACACACUACACACACUGCAUACACUAACACAACACACACUGCAUACACUAACACAACACACACACUGCAUACACUGACACAACACACACACUGCAUACGCUAACACAACACACACUCUGCAUACACUAACACAACACACACACACUUCAUACACUAACACAACACACACUGCAUACACUAACACAACACACACCCUGCAUACACUAACACAACACACACUGCAUACACUAACACAGCACACACUGCAAACACUAACACAACACACACACUGCAUACACUGACACAACACACACUGCAUACGCUAACACAACACACAUACUGCAUAUGCUAACACAACACACACACUGCAUACGCUAACACAACACACACACACUAACACAACACACACACACUUCAUACACUAACACAACACACACACUGCAUACACUAACACAACACACACCCUGCAUACACUAACACAACACACUCUGCAUACACUAACACAGCACACACUGCACACACUAACACAACACACACUGCAUACACUAACACAACACACACACUGCAUACACUAACACAACACAUACUCUGCAUUCACUACACUGACACACAAUCUGCAUUCACUACACUGACACACACUCUGCAUUCACUACACAUUAACACACACUCUGCAUUAACUGUACACACAGCAUCCACUACACAAACAUCCUGUAUUCACAGUACACACACUACAUCCACCACAAAUUGAAACACUCUGCAUUCACUAUACACAGACAUUGCGUCUAAUACACACACUACAUCCACUACAGACACUACAUCCACUAAACACAUUUCAUCUAGUACACACAAAAACUACAUCCACUACACAAACACACACUACAUCACUGUACACACACUACAUCCACUACUCAAACACACUCUGCGUUCACUAUACACACUGCAUCUGCUACACAAACACACACUCUGCAUUCUCUGCACAAACAGUGUCUAACACUACAUCCAUUACACAUUCUAAAUCACUUCCACUAUACACACCACAUUCAGUCCUGCAUCAUUGUCAGCGGACUAGGUAGGGCAUGGGGGGGCCCGGGGGGAGGGAAGGGGAGGUGCUUUGUCAGGGGCCCCAAAAGUUCUGAUGGCGGCCCUGGUGGAUGGUCAUAUAUGGCCAAUAUGAUAUAACUGAAUCCCCAUAUUUGUUGCUAAAAUAGGUGUUUUUAAGUAGCUUUGUAAAAUGUUUGUGUGUGCUCCCUAAUCUGUAUUUUGUAUAUAUUUUGGUCUAUACAGCAGCAACACUACUUAGAAUUACAUGUUCUGAAUGUGCCUCCUAUUCCCCUUUUUUCUGCGAAGAAUUUAUCAUGUCACUGAUGGCCCAUAAACUUUGAGUUCUGAUUCCAGUGUGACAAUGGUCACAUCAGAUAGGUAUUGGGCACGAUGUACAGAGAGUGAUGACCUUCGACUGCAAACCUUGAAAAUCUGUUCAUAGCAGGAACUCAAAGAUCAAUCGGAAAAUCAUCACUUUUUAUGAAUUAGGCGAGCCAGAAUCAUUGUAUCUACUUGUUGGAAAAAGCUUCCUCUUUCUCAAUUAAACAGGAAGCUUAUAGCACAAAUAGGGGGCACUCCUGUGUAUAGCAAUACAUAAAGGAAACACAUUAGUAAAAACAUGCAAAUACAGUCCAUGAGGAAAUAUUACUAAACUUCAUCUUUUAUCUAGGAAUUCUUUAGAGCAAACAGAAAAUCCCGCAAAAAAAAAACCAACAAAAAAAAGCUUUUAGCAAUACUGAAUAACAGGCAAAUGUAAUUAGUACGUAAGGUGUUACAUUACAAAGUGUUUUCAUGUUCUAAAUUGGUGCAAUUACCAUUUUGUCUUGUCUUGUCUUGUCUGGCUAUUUCCUGAGUCUUCAUGUUUGGCUUUUCUUGAGUGUGUAGAGGUACUGGUAUUUUUGACUCUCUUGUGUAUGUAGCAGUAAUUUUACAAUAUUUCUCGUACUUGUGUAUCUCUUGUUGUGCAUGCUAUAUGCUCAUUUUUGCUAUGCAAAAUACCUGCUAGUGCAUGUGCAAUACGUGUGUGUCUGUCUCCUGAAAAAUCUUUUUUGUCACAGCUCAUUACAAUGGCCUUUUUAUUUUUCCCAUUUGGGCAAUGCAUGUAGCGCUUUACUUCCCCUUUAAGAGAUUAACAUUUGACGCUCUGCUAGGGUUGCAGGAUAGUAGCAAAGCUGGGUGAUGAAGGAUCUCUGUCAAUAAACCUAUAUGCUUCAGUGGACAGACACAAAAAAGCAGAGAGAAAGAUAGACACAGGAAGACUUAAACCCUUCAACCCACAAGGUUUUGCAAAAACUAUGUUUUCAUUGGCCUUGACCCAGUGUUAUAAUCUUAGUUAAUGAUCCCAUAUUUUUGGACAGAAUCUUUUUGUGAGGUCAUGUUAUCUUUGUGGCUUCAUAUUGCAUACACAGAUCAAAGAAAAAACCACCUCAGGUUAUGAUAGCUAGAUACUAUAAAUUGAUGCAAUUUAUGGAAUUUAAUCGAAUAUCAUUCAGAAAAAUUACUUUACAACCAAUUAUACUAUGAUCAGACUUCAUCAAUUAUUGACCCCUUUGGUGUUGGGGACGUUGAAUACAUUAUUUUGGCAUUAAGAACUUUGAUGGAAAGCAGUCUAAUUUCCAUGAUUGUGUUUUCCUUGUUCGUGCUCUGUGCAAGCACACUCAAACGAGCUGCUUUUGUUGAAGUCCAGUGGGCAUGAAUAUUCACUCAAUGGAUGAAUCCCCCCUUUCUACGGAGUGUGCCAAUUCUUUUUUUACAUUGCUGCAAAAAUAAAAUAAGAUUAUCUACUCUAAUAUCCAUUUCUACUUUUCUCUAUGAAGACUUAAAACCUUAUUGAAGCAUUUUACCUGCGGAUUUGGAGCAUCUGUGACAGGAUUGGAUGUCGCUUCACAUACAUUUAGUUGAUUGUUUUGGAUAGGGUAACGGAUAUUCUGUUAACAGAUACAUGUGGAAGGCUCAGUAAUGAGUAUUAGACAUUGCCCUGUGUGCUGGGUUGAAAUGUCACAUUGAUUGUUGGAUAGUUUACUGGUAAUGAGUAGGCAAGUGUAAAUUGAGUAUAGUGAAUGGAGAGAGGAUUGCUAUAUUCUUUCCUUUCAUUAUUUUCUUCUUCAAAAAUCUUUGUUUUACAAUAAAACAUUGUAAAACAUUGAAUUACGCAAUUAGAAAUGCCAAUGGGCACUCCAUUGCUUCAGAUGAGCCAUUCUAUAUUUAAUGCGCCAUGUAGGUUAUACUUUAAAUAAAGUAUACAAAACAAGACAUUCCAAAUAAUGAAAAAAAAAUGUAUCCACCUUUUGAGUGUUUAAGAGGAUAUUACAUGUGGGGAGAUUUAUCGAGAAAACAGGUGCUAAAAAGUGAUCAAUGACCAUGUAAACCAAUAUAAUGUCUAUCAACAUUGAGGUCUUUGCUCUCAGAAUAUUAUCUGUUUUAUAUUUAUAAAUACUCCCAUGGAGUAUAUGAUUGUGUGCAAAACAGGCAAAUGGGUCCUUAUUGCAUCAUGACCUAUGCAUGUAACACUCAUAAUAACGGUUGAUAAUGCUGUAAUGCUGUACAAAACAGAUCUGUGUUUUUCCAUACGCAUGUAAAAAUGAUUUACCUUUGUGAUUCAGGUAAUAUAGAAAUACUGUCAUUAUUUAAAGACCACUAUAGUCACCCAGACCACUUCAGCUCAAUAAAGCGGUCUGGGUGCCAGGUCCCCCAGAUCUUAACCCUGCAGCUGUCAACAUAGCAGUUUCAAAGAAACUGCCAUGUUUACAUUGCAGGGUUAAUCCAGCCUCUAGUUGCUGUCUUCCUGACAGCCGCUAGAGGCGCUUCCCCGACGCUCAAUGCCAAAAUCACAUUGAGCACGCAGAAGUCGUUUUUAAUGCGCAUGUGCAGUCGGCUCCACUUUGGAGCUGACGUCGGAGGGGGAGGAGAGGUCACUAGGGGAGCCCGGAACUGGAUAAAGGUAAGUGGCAGGAGGGGGGGACCUAAGGACUAUAUAGUGCCAGGAAAACGAGUUUGUUUUUCUGACACUAUAGUGAUCCUUUAAACAGUGGAUAAAUCAUUGUAUCUUUUUAUUUAUAUUUUGUGAUUACAGGAACAAUUCAUUGAGCUUGGUUGUAUGAUUCUAUGCUACAGGCUUGUUUAGUGAAGGAUACGCUUUAAUAGUACCACAAGUGGAAUAUUCGUAAAAUAUUGCUUUAUUUUUUCACCAAUUUAAACUGUUAUUAAAAUGGAUUACACAGGAGCCUUAAAGGGACACUGUAUGCAUUAUAACUGGAGAGACAUCACCUAUAGAAUCUUUGCACCAUAAUGGUGACAAUAAGCUGUAGUGGUUAUAGUAUAUAAAGUGUUUCUUUAAACUGUCAUAAAUGGCCAAUUAAAAGUAACACUCCAAGCACCAUAACUAUUACUGCACUCUAUUGUGGUUAUAGUGCCAGGAGUGCCCUGGUGCCUGCUGAGUGUAUAAGUAUUUAGUAAUGGUAUGGAGUUAAAUCGUUAAUGGUUAUGGUGAUCUAAAUAAACAGUAUAGUGUUAGGAAUACAAAGCUGUAUUCCUGACACUAUAGUAUCCUUUUUGCCCUGCAGCCUCCCCCAUGGUACCCACCACCCCAGGCCAUAAAGGGUUGAUAAAAAAACGUUUUUAACACUUACCUGAUUCUGACAUCAGGGCAAUCUGUGAAUAUAAUCAAUGAUUUCCUAUGGGGUUUUUCAACAAUGCUGAAAGACCUUAUGCAAAGCAUGAGGAAGUCCAGCAUCGUUUCACAGAGUCAUACUUUGUGAAACUGCAGUAAGAGCCACUAGUGGCGGUCUGUUUCUCUGAAACUGCAAUAUUUUACAAUGCAGGGUUAAUGGGACAGGGGCAGUGCACCCAGACCACUUCAAUGAAAUUAAGUGGUCUGGGUGCCUUUAGUGUCCCUUUAUCCCCUUAAGGACCAAACUUCUGGAAUAAAAGGGAAUCAUGACAUGUCACACGUCAUGUGUCCUUAAGGGGGUAAUUACAGACCUGAAAUACUAACUUACACUCGGAAGGUUCACUUGAAGCUUAUUAUAGACUAGUAGUGUCUGCAUGCAUCGAAACUUACUUCACAUCCUCUAUUUUAUGUUUAAAUGUGUUUCCACUUAAAAAUAACAUUUAAUAAAAUCUUGUUUUAUUGUAAUUUUAAAAUCAAACCCAUCUUCAAUUGGUAAUGCAAACUUUGGUGUAUACAAAAAUAUAUUUCUCUUAGUUUGCGUUAUGGCAUGCUUUCAAUGAUCUAUGUCUUGGGAUUUUUUUAAGCAGUUGCUUUCCAUGACUUCUUAUAAAUGAACUUGAUACAAUUAUUAUUCGAAUGUCUCCUAGCAGUAAAAUGUCUGGAAGUAAAAAUCUUUUUUUUUUUUUUUUUAUUUGUAUCAAGCAAAAUGUCUUUAAAGCUAUUUUGUCAGAAUUACAAUUGGUUAUGCUACAAAAACUUUUAGAAAAGUCUACAACCACAGCAAAAUGCUAUUAAAUUACUGUUGAAAGCCUCUUUUGUAGGUAAUAUGCUUAGUUCAAAGUGUUGCAACCUGCAUUAAGGCAAAGGUAACCCUUAGUCUGUUCUAUUUCUUACAUUUUGAAGCUGAGUUGGUGAAUUGGCAGAUGAGAGGAUUCUGUGUUGGUUGUCCUGCUCAACAUUACCUUCACUUUUGGACUUCGUACAUUAUUAUUAUUAUUUUAUUAUUUAUAUAGCGCCAUCACAUUCUGUAGCGCUGUACAAUGGGUGGACUAACAGACAUGUAAUUUUAACCAGACAAUUGGAAGUACAAUGAGCUUACAUUCUAGAGGGAGUGGGGUAUAGUGACACAAAGGGUAAAAGUAGCAGUAUGAAGUAGGUUGUUAGAAAAGUAUUAAUUGAGGGCUUAGUAGGUAAUUUUUGACAGUUGCAGGAGAGGAGUCAUGGGAGGUGGGGGAUAAAAACCUGCUUACAGUUUAACUGAUAUGCUUUCUUGAAGAAGUGAGUUUUCAAUGAUUUUUUGAAUGAGUGGAGACUGGGUGAAAGUCUUACGGAUAAGGGAAGGGCGUUCCACAGAAGAGGUGCAGCCCUGGAGAAAUCUUGUAGGUGAGCAUCAGAGGUGGGAGUACGGACAGAGGAUAGUCGUAGGUCUUUGGCAGAGCGUAGGGGCCUCAACGGGACAUACUUGUGUAUUAGGGAGGAUAGGUAGGUUGGAGCAGCAUUAUGUAGGGACUUGUCAGCAAGCACCAGAAUUUUAAAUUGAGCCCUAUAUUUAACUGGAAGCCAGUGCAGGGACUGACAGAGUGGGGAGGCAUGGGAGGUGCGAGUGGACAGGAAAAUGAGCCUCGCCAAUGCAUUCAUUGUAGAUUGCAACGGUGCAAUCUGGGAACAUGUAAGACCACUGAGAAGGGUAUUGCAGAAGUCAAGGCGAGAGAGAACAAGAGCAUGGACCAGCACCUUAGCCGCAUCUGGGGUUAAAUAGGGGCGAAUGCGCGCUAUGUUUUUGAGAUGAAAGCGACAGGAUUUGGUGAUUGAUUGGAUAUGAGGGGUGAAGGAGAGGUUGGAGUAAAAAAAAACACCCAGGCAGCGAGCUUGUGAGGUAGAGGUGAUGGUAGCACCAUUGACUUGGAAUCUCAUCACCAAACAAAAUUCAGAAUGACAUCGCUUAGUGGAAUUUGCAGCUGGAGGUUUUUGAAUUAACGGUUUAAUCGUGUGAUUUUUUUUUCUAGGAGGCAAAAGAUGUAAAUGAACCUUUUCUCACAUUCUCUGAAUUAUCUUUCUUUGAUAAUUAAGGAAAGUUUUGAAAUUGCACAUUGUUAAAACUUAUAUAUUAUAUUCUCUUUAACUUUAGAGUCUCCUAGCAAUCCCUAGUGGAUUUGUUACCAUUGUCCCGUGCUGCUGUUCCAUGGAUUAUUAUCAAACUGUUAGUUUAAAAAAGGUUUGAUAUAAACUGGGACUUUCCUGACGCUGAAUGACCUCUCAUACCACAGCUACAAUGAUAAUGUGGCUUUAACGCUUCAAAGUUAUUAAUGCCCAUUUUGUCCAAUUUAUACCAUAAUGGUUGGCUGAAAGUACUUAGCACAAUCAUUGUCAUCCAUGUUGGACGAAAUUGACAUUGAACAUUGAGAAUAAUGUAAGCGUUAAAGGAACACUUAUAAUUCUUCCAUAACAUAUAACAAAUACAGCUUGAGAAUUUAAGGUGACUUACUUACAUCUGACUUAGGGUAUAUUUCCAGUUCAUCCCUGGGACACCAGAGAACAAAGUCAGGAUGGCGGGACAGGACCUUAAAACACAUUUUGCAGGUUCACCCCUUCUGACGAUUCAUGUCAUUGCCCUUCUACACCCACCCACUUGAGUCCCACUUGAUGAGACACCAAAGUUCUGAUGUAUGCAUUUGGUCCUUUUGAUUCAACAGAUACAAUAUCUCACCUACCAUCCACAGAGUACUUGCUGCUGAUUUCAUUGUUGCUUCUGUGUGCUGUUUGAGUAAAAACUAAAUACUAGAUGUUCUCAAACCAUUAACAUGUGUGUGUGUGAUCCAGUCACAAUGUUUGGUUUUGUCUGUUGAAUUUAACCCCUUAAGGACCAAACUUCUGGAAUAAAAGGGAAUCAUGACAUGUCACACAUGUCAUGUGUCCUUAAGGGGUUAAGGUUUGUACACUUUAAUGUUGUGCACAUGGAAGUCUUUUGUAGUAAUAUGUGAUAACAGGGGUCUCGUAAUUGGGUUUUUGAUCAGAUAAGCAGCCUUUCAUUUGGGCUGAUAUUUAUACGUGUUUUUUUCUUUAUGAUUUUUAUAUUGUUAACCCCAACCUUGCUAAGAACAUAAUAAAAGAAAAUAAUAAUAAUAAUCCCCUGAACAAGGAAGAAGAAGCCAUGUGUAAUUAAGCACUCAUUUCUCUUAUUGUUGAAACAAAGUAAUGUCAACAAAUUAAUUGUUUAAUGCUAAAAAUAAUUUUAUUAAAAAAAGCUAAGGUAUAAAUUAAACAAUAAAAGGACCAUAAAGUCACCCAGGCCUCUUAAUCUUAAUGAAGUGGUCCAAGUGCAGUGGUCCUGUCAUUUUAACCCUGGUGUGUAAAACAUUGUAGUUUUUAAUUUUUAGAAAACUGCAAAGUGUACACUGCAGGUUUAAAUACACCUUUACCUCUAGUGGUUGCCUUCAUGACAGCCACUAUAGGCACUUCUGUCUCCAAAACCAAGUGAAAUACUCAGUCCUGGCUUCAAAUGCUGCAUUUGAUUGGAGGAGUGUGGUGGUUUUCUGCGCAUGUCUGUUUCCAUUCCCCUACUUUCUUUAGGAGAAGCAGUGGAUUGGAGGAGAUUGAGUAAAAUGUCAGUAGGAUGGCUGAGGUCAUCAAAGGUGACUGUAGAGGUCCCUACGCUGGAAAAGAGGUAAGUAAUCUUUAUAUAACCUAAAUUGUAUACUAGCAAAGGGGGGUGGAGAGAAGGGAACCCAUUGUCCCAAAGUAAUAAUUGUUAUUUUCAGGACAAUAGGCUCCCUUUGCUGGCUGUCUAAAGUUGUUAUUGGCAGCUAAACUCCUCCUUCCUCCCUACAAACAUUAUAAAGUAUAUGCAGUGCUCCAUAUAGUUAGAGUGGACACACACUCAUGCUGCCUUUUCAGGUAAACAAAAAAGGGGAUCAUUGGUGAACAUCCUUAUUGUAUCAUGCCUGAUAUAUAUAUGCAUUGAAUCGAAAUUAGUUUUCUUUCCCACAGUUUUAUAUAGCAGUCAUUUUUAAUUGAAAGUAACUAGCAAGUAAAUAGAUAUACUUUCAUUUAUAUGAAGCAAUGAUUAUACAAUAAAUUGUACAAAAAAAAAUACACAUCUUUUGACUUGUUAUUGGUUUAUAUAAAUUUAGUCUAAACACAACUCUCUUAGUCCUAAAAUGUGUGACCAAUUUCCAUUCCCUCUGCCAAUACUUAUCUCGGACCUUGAACUGUAUAAGGGGCCCCAACAUUUGUGAUUGCAGCCCUGAAUACAAUAACUGUCAAUAAAGCUACCUGAGUUAUCUGGAGAAAAAAACAACAAUAUUCUAAAAGUCACUGUGACUUGCUGAUUAAAAAAUAGAGGCUGCACAAGUAGUUGCUGUGUGCACAAAACAAGGUGCUACAGACAUUUAUUUGGAGGACAAGUAACAAAUGUUUCGGGGUAGUCCCUUUGUCAAUGCAUCAUUGAUAAAAUGAUGCAUUGACAAAGGGAUUACUCCGAAACAUUUGUUAUUUGUCUUCCAAAUAAAUGUCAGUAGCACCUUGUUUUGUGCACAACUACUUGCGCAGCCUCUUCUGUGCAUUUUCACUGACUGAGCAACAGUGAGUACUAUUUUGCAUUGAAAUCUAUGUAUUUUUUCUGGAGUCUUUUUCCAGUUCUUAGUAUUUUUUUUGCUUUUUGUGCGACUUGCUGCUUAUCAGUAAGAAGUUAGUGUACAUCACUUGGAAGAAUGAUCAUCUCAUAAUUCUACAACAGUAUUCAAGUAAUACACAGAGUGUCUAUGACAAGGAACUUCAGCCCUUGAAAACUGGAACCCAUUCAGAGUUUUAGGAUAUAUCUAAUGAAACAAUUAAGAUUUUAUAUUGGUGAACAAUGUGCUCAGUGUUGUGGUGGAAACCCAUGUGGUCCUUAAGGGUUGGAGCUUGACAUCCUAACCUAUAAUUCCCUUUAAUGAAGCAGUACAUAGAUAUUUAUGCAUGGAAUUACAGUCAAGAAAAUUCACAGCAGCGUAUUCAUUUGAUAUUUUUUGUUUUAUAGUCGAGUCGAGUUAUUGUGCUCAGGCCUUGAAAUUCUGAGAAAACAACAUGUACUUUUUAAUUUACAAGUAGUUUUCUAUACAAACCAAAGUCAAAGGCAAUGAACUGAGAAAGCAUACAAAGAGAUUUCUGUUAAAGAGUACGGUACGAUCAAGUUCCUGCCAUGUGGGAAACAAUUUGUUUGUCUCAAACUAUAGAAAAUCUUCUACUCACGAUCUUUUUAAUCAAUGAGGAGUGAAAUCCAGAGCCACUUAUUUCACAAGCAGUUAGGACUUCCUGCAAGAUAUCUUUUCUCUCUUUAGUCCUAAAGUAGCACUGUUACUGUAUAUUUUUGGUAUGACAUACCUCUUACUGACAUGUCUACAUGUUUGUUGGCAUCUUCAGCUCCCAGUAGAAGACUCCAAUAGCUGCUUUACUUCAGAUGUUAUAGGCAUCCAUUGCACAUCAUGUGAAGAGAUGUCCAUUUCCGUGAGCUUUUUCACGUCAGGAAUUAUGGCAAAUUGCAAGAUGCCUCAAACAGAAACUAUUUGAAGCUACCUUGUAAAGGGAUUCUAUAGUGUUAGGAAUACAAAUCUUAGGAAUACAAAACCUCGGGUCCCCCCUCCCUUGCGGGUCUCUCUCCCUGGUAUGUAAAGUUUUUUUAAAACCCUUUUUUUACUCACCAGAUUCCAGCACCCACGUCGGAUCAGCGAUCUGCCUCCGCCGACGUCAUCUGAUGGGGGGACAUAAUACGCAUUCACAGCGAGUGCCGCAAGCGUAUUAAGUCCUCCCCAUAGGAAAGCAUUGAAUCAAUGUUUUCCUAUAGGGAUUUUACUGAUGCUGGAUGUUCUCAUGCAGAGCGUGAGGACAUCCAGCGUCAGUUUGGUGACCCAGAGUCCAGUAAACUCCCAAAAGCGUCUCUAGUGGGUGUCUCAAAAACUGCAUUAUUUUACAUUGCAGGACUAAGAGGGACAUAGCAUCCAGACCACUUCAAUGAGAUGAAGUGGUCCGGGUGCAUAUAGUUUCCCUUUAAUACAGUGUCUUGCAAAAGUAUUCACCCCUCUUGGCAUUUUUUGUGUUUUGUUGCCUCACAAUCUGGAAUUAACAUGGAUUAUUUGAGGAUUUACAUCAUUUAAUUUACAGAACAUGCCCACAACUUUGAAGAUGUUAUUUUUUUAUUAUUGUGAAGUAAACAACAAAUAGGACAAAAUAGCAGAAAAAGUCAAUGUGCAUAACUAUUCACCCCCCUAAAGUCAAUACUUUGUAGAGCCACCUUUUGCAGCAAUCACAGCUCCAAGUCUCUUUGGAUAAGUCUCUAUGAGCUUGCCACAUCUUACCACGGGGAUUUUUGCCCAUUCCUCCUUGCAAAACUGCUCCAGCUCCUUCAAGUUGGAUGGUUUACGCUUCUGAACAGCAAUCUUUAAGUCUGACUACAGAUUUUCUAUUGGAUUGAGGUCUGGGCUUUGUCUAGGCCAUUCCAACACAUUUACAUGUUUCCCCUUAAACCACUCAAGUGUUGCUUUAGCAGUGUGUUUGGAGUCAUUGUCCUGCUGGAAGGUGAACCUCCAUCCGAGCCUCAAAUCACGCACAGAGUGGUACAGGUUUUGCUCAAGAAUAUCCCUGUAUUUAGCACCAUCCAUCUUUCCCUCAACUCUGGCCAGUUUCCCAGUCCCAACUGCUGAAAAACAUCCCCACAGCAUGAUGCUGCCACCACCAUGUUUCACUGUGGGGAUGAUGUUCUUUGGGUGAUGUGAUGUGUUGGGUUUGCGCCAGACAUAGCGUUUUCUUUGAUGGCCGAAAAGUUCAAUUUUAGACUCAUCAGACCAGAGCACCUUCCUCCAUACAUUUUGGGAGUCUCCCACAUGCCUUUUCGCAAACUCAAAAUGUGCCAUUUUGUUUUUUUGCUGAAAGUAAUAGCUUUCUUCUGGCCACUCUGCCAUAAAGCCCAACUCUAUGGAGCGUACAGCUUAUUGUCGUCCUAUGUACAGAUACUCCAGUCUCUGCUGUGGAACUCUGCAGCUUCUCCAGGGUUACCUUAGAUCUCUGUGCUGCCUCUCUGAUUAAUGCCCUCCUUGCCCGGUCCUAUGAGUUUUGGUGGGCGGCCGUCUCUUGGCAGGUUUGCUGUUGUUUCCAUUUGGUUUUGAUAGAUUUGAUGGUGCUCCUGGGGAUUUGGAUAUUUUUUUUUUUAACCUAACCCUGACUUGUACUUCUCAACAACAUUGUCUCUUACUUGUUUGGAGAGUUCCUUGGUCUUCAUGGCCGUGUUUGGUUAGUGGUGCCUCUUGCUUAGGUGUUGCAGCCUCUGGGGCCUUUCAAAAGAGUUGUGUAUAUGUAAUGACAGAUCAUGUGACACUUAGAUUGCACACAGGUGGACAUCAUUUUACUAAUUAUGUGACUUCUGAAGGUAAUUGGUUGCACCAGAGCUUUUUAUGGGCUUCAUAACAAAGGGGGUGAAUACAUACGCACAUGCCAAUUUUCUGUUUUUUAUUUCUAAAAAAUAGUUUUAUGUAUAUAUUUUUCUCAUUUCACUUCACCAACUUAGACUAUUGUGUUCUGAUCCAUCACAUAAAAUUCAGAUUAAUAAAACAUUGAACUUAAGACUGUAAUGUAACAAAAUAGGUAAAAAGUCAAGGGGGUGAAUACUUUUGCAAGGCACUGUAUGUUGUAUGAUAUCUAUUGAUUGUGUUGGAAUUUCAAUGAAAAUCCAGUCCAGUCUACACAGAGUAACAUAAAGAUUCUGCCUUCAUGAAAACGUCAAAAGAAGCAUUCAACAAAAAAAUACUAGCUGAUUUUUCAGAGUUUCAAUGUCAUUUUAGCAUUUAAAAGAAAAUUGCAAAUGCGUUUUAAAAGUUAGGGACUCGUUAUCAUUGUUCAAGAAAAGAAAUUCCUGUUGUUCUGUGUUUAAUACAUAGCUUACCUGAGGUAACUUUAAAUAUGUACUAGUUAAAGCAUGUAAAUGUCCUUAUUUUUAUCGUGUGAUAUAUAUAAUAUGUCAUCAAAAGAAAGGCAGUGUUUAUAUUGAUUAACCUGCAGGAACAUACUACACACACCAGAACAACUACAUUAAGCUGUAGAGGUUCUGGUGACUAUAGUGUCCCUUUAACUCAUAAACAACAGAGGAUUGGGCAGUGACACUGCAGUGGUGUGAUCUAUACACAAAGCAACAGUUUAUUAAUCUAAAACUGUUUUGGAGGUUAGAGUGUCCCUUUAAUGCAUUCAAGCUUUUUUUGGCAGAACUAAUGCUUGGAUUGAUGGCUUAAAUGGCAUAAGAGGUGGGCUGUAUGUGUGUAAAUUGAAAAAAAUACAUACAAUAAUAUUAAUAAUAAAAAGGGUGCACCUGCUUUUAGGAACAAGGAUAGGUAAAACAAAAGUAGUGCUGGGUUUAUAAAGGUCACAUCAGACUGGUCAGUGUAAGCUGCCCUACGAAGAACUUGAAAUAGAUUUUGGAGGGUUUGUAGUCAAAAUGGGAAUUUAUCUAUCUCUUGGUGCCCAUGUGUACUUGGUUAGUGUUUUUUUGAGAUUUUACCUCUUUUGUUAUUCUUUUAAUUUAUAUUCAUAGACAGUGCCUUUUAAAUCCCUGACCUACACUGCUGUAAGAGGUAUCGAAUACAAUGUCUUUAGGUUCCGACACCCGUGAGCACUAUAAUACUCUGCUACUCUAGCUAAUUGAUGCUCACGGUUUGAUUUUACCACCUCAUGGUUUUUGUACUUUAAAACAACUGUCUGGGAUCCAAGUCAAUCCAUGUUCUCUGUUUGAAAUGAAUGAAAGAAGUAUCGCACAUGAGAUUUCCAGGUUAGUACUUCUGAACUGUUUUCCCACAGGGAUGAACGCUGACACUUAUUCUUAAGAGCUUUCAUUCACACUCCUGUAUUUCCCUGAAUGUAAGUCCUCAUGGUUGCACUGUGAAUUUGUGUCAUAGGGAAAUGUCUGUUAUUUAUAUAUUUUUAUUAUAUUGUUUAAACUAUAUGGUUUAUAGAAUAAGAUGCAUAUGAAGUAAUUAUGUAUUUUAUAUCCUGCAGUUGCCAAUAUCUGCUCUGUAAUCUAUUUUUUUAUGGUCUUAUUUUUCUUAAUCCUUUUUAUCCAUUAUAUCUAUAAUGCCAUAUAUGCUGUCUAUGAAUAACUGACUCUAGUAUACCAGACGUUUACCCAUACUUUGAAUGAUAAUUCUUGAUUCUGUUUGUACUGUAUGUUUACAUUUUAGAUUCAUUAAGUUUGCAUACAAUGAAUGGAGCUACAUAGAUGGCUUAUUAAUGUGUCGGAUUACUUUAGACUUUGAUCCAUAUGUUGGGUAUGUUUUACAAUGUAACUGCAUAAUGUAAUAUGAGUGUAGUAACAUCGUUUUAAUUGAGUGCGCAUUGAAAAAGGGACAGAUAUGCUAGAGCAGGGGUAGGCAACCUUUUAGUAGUAUUGUGCCAAAACAAGAUCUUAAAGUCCCGUUACUAUUUUUUUUUUAUAUUGAGGUGUGUAUGUUCCCAUAACCUGCUUGUGGUAUUUAUGGGUGCUGCAGUUGCUUUGUAGCAUUGUAUUUGUGUCAUGUUAUAUUGUAUAUGUGGCAUUGUGUGUGUAAUACCUAUUAAUGUGGGCUGUGUAUGCAGGCUGCUUGUGGAAUUGUGUGGAUGAUAUGUCACAUUGUGUGUUUGAUGUGUAUACGUGUGGGUCUGCUUGUGAUACUGUAUGUGAGAGGGUGCUUGUGUGUUUGUGUGUGGUCUGUUUGGUCUAUUAUUUGUAAUAGGGGAGGCUUCUUUUUCAGCUCUGUGUAUAUCUAGCAGUGUGGGUGGCUUCACUAGGGUCCAUUGGGGAUGGGGUUGGUCAACUAUAGAUCAAGGGCUGGAGCUGUUAUAGCUGCUGUUGGCUUCUCUACUCUAGUGCAGAUUCCUGUUCACAACUGCUGGGAGGACGUUUUCUCAGCUCACUUCCUCUAAGUGCUGCAGUGUGUAAAUUGAGGAUUGUCCCUCACUACAUGCAACCACAGCUCUGUUUAAACAAGCAGAUAUCUGAUGUUCCCCUGGGACUCCUGAUAGUCCAAACCGUGUUUGGCUCUGACAGUCUUGAGUGCUGUGCAAAGGCACCUCAGGUGCCAUGCAUAGCACACGUGCCGUAGGUUGCUGACCCCUGUGCUAGACCAAGCAUGUCAAACUCAAAGGCUAACAUAGGCCAAAUAAACAAGAUUUACGUUUAUGUUAGACGCAAAAAAAAAAGAGUUUGACCUAGAUCAACACAAACUAAAAUUACUUGUAUCAUUCUCAUGCAAAAAAUAUGUAUUCCUGGGCACAUAUAUAUAAUUUACUCAAAGAGCUUCACUUCAAGUUACUUAGUAUUACACCCCAAUCUAAUAAACAGCCUCCUGUUGAUUUGGAAGAAAGCAGGUUUCCUUGACAAAGUUGUCGUACAGUUUUGAUGUGCCUUUUUUCAGUUUAAUUUUGCGAGUGCAAUAUAUUUACACUCCAAUUUCUUUGAUAUCACACAGUAUUAUGCUAUUUGUGUUCUUUUUGUUAAUUUCUCUGUAGCUUGUAUUUGUAUAUGUUUCUAUGUAUUGGAGCUGAUAAAGUUUAGAAAAGAUUUGGCAUGGGUGAGAGUAAGAGAUACAGCACACACCAAACUACAAGCCAGGCAUACAUAACAUACAGCCAGCACACACACACACACACACACACACACAAUAUAAAGACAGGACACACACACACAACACACAGCCAACACCAGAUACACACACAUUGCAUACAGCCUGCACACACACAGCCCACAUAUACACACAAACACAUAGCGUGCACAAACACACACAACAUACAGCCAACACAGACAUUCACACAUCAUACAGCCAGCAAACACCAGGUACACACACACAGCCUGCACAAACACACAUGGCAUUCAGCCAGCACAGACACUCACAUAUCAUACAGCCAGCAUACAUCAGACGCACACACACACCAUAGAGCCAGCACUCACACAUUACACACAGCCAGUGAACACACUAGACAGAGAGCACACGCUACACACAACCAGCACAUGCUACAAACAGCCAGCAGACACCAUUACAUACAGCCAACACACACACACAUUACAUAAAGCCAGCAAGCAUCACAUAUUACACCCCGCCAAAAACACACAUACUCUAUGAGGGUGGACAGAGGGCGAGACCCUAAACUCCAAAUUUUUGCACAUUAAAUCCAAAUGGAAAAAAAUAGCCAGUUGUGACUAUAGCUGAGUGGAAUUAUUUUUUACAGAUCAGCUAUUUUGGCCUUGCUUCCCCCUCGUUUCCCCCUCCUCCCCCCGAAUUAACCUGUGAAUAACCCUGCCAACGCCCAGGUCUUAACAGGGUCUCAAACAAAAUUCGGACGAACUGAAACACAAAAUGGACAAAAUUCGAUAUGUCCCAAUCCAUCUUCUUUUUCAUACAAUUUAAAUUUUGCCAUCCACAGUGUAGUGUGAUUGUUUUAAUACAGGUAAUACUCCAAUUAAGGUGUUUUGCAAUAUGUACAUGAAUGGUAAUUAUAUUCUAAUUGAAGAAUUAUGAUUGGUUCACCAAGCAACAUAAUUUAGGUCACUGACAAAAAAGUUUGAAAAGCACUAAUCUUCACUAUCAUUACUAAUUAUUCUUUUGUAGAUUUAAGAAUCAGAGAAGGUAAAGAAAAUUGAUAGAUUGUGGGUCAUAUUAUUUGUAAAUAUUUUCUAAAUAUUCGCAUAUAUUCCCAUUUCAGAUUUUUUUUAUUUGCUUCAGCAGGUUUUUCACAUUAAUAAGUCUACCUAGUAAUACUUUUGCCUUUGAAAGUUGAUAGGUGUCAUUAAUCUUUGUUUAGUACGAAGGGCUGAAAGUUCAUAGAAGCAACGUUAUUACACAAAUUGUUAUUUUCCUCGUGUCACUAUAAGCCAAUGGACUGUGGACAUGAUCCCAGUGAAGAAUCAGGUGAGGUACACAGGUCAGGCUUUAGGGACAUUGAUAUUACAUGUGUUGAUAAUGUUUCAGUGUUACACAGCAAAAGAGAAUACUUAUGUACUUUUAUAUUUAUUAUAAACCAUGAGACUAAAGGUCAUGUGGUUUAUACAUUUCUCCAAAACCCUGAGGUGGCAUUAUUUACCCAUAAUACAUCCUUCACCCUUAUGUAUAUUUUAUAUGGAAUGAUAUUCUUAGGUUAUCGGUAAUGUAAGUAGUAUGGUAGUGUAGGUAUUAAUGUUUCAAGUUAGUGUAGUUUACAGAUUAAAAGGACAAUCUGGGCACCAUAACAACUUAAUCAGGAUGAAGUUGUUAUGCUGAUAGGAAGUCCAUGGCGCUGACUCACCUAACCCCACAGUCCACUGUCUGGCGCUGUUUGGUGUUAUCUUAGUGUACGGCUUAAUGUUUAGUGAUAGUGUUAGUGAAGUGUAGGUGAUAAUGUUUACUAUAAAUAAUGUUUAGUAUAAAGUGGUGUAGGUGUUAAGGGGAGACUUCACUGUAAGGUGAAUUGGGUAUUACAGUCAACGAUGGCAGCUAUUUCACCCGCCUUCAUUAAAUUGGAAGCAGGUGCUGAUUGGGAGUGUAACUCCCACUAAUCUCAGGCAGACUAGGACAUGUAUGUCCUUGUUCUGUUUGAAAUUAGGCUCCUCAGACUGCACAGAUGUUAAUCAGUCGAAUAUUACCUGUUCCUUAUGGGAAAUAUGUUCACAAUUGAUGUCACCAUCCAUGCAGUAUGGGAUUCUAAAACCUGCUUCUGGAUUUCAUUACGUGAAAUGCCUAAUAUUUCACUUUUAAAAAUAGCAGUGCCAAUACCCAGCUGCCGGAUAACAAUACAGCUUUUCUCAGAGCUAACAGUAGGAGCAUUGAGAAAAAUAUCAUAGUCAUGCAUUUUCAGAAAGAAUUCAUAAUCUUCAACCAACAUCACAUAUCUAGUUUUUGGUUAUUAUCUAAGCCUUGUUGGAAAAUAUGGUAUUAAGACAUGGAUGUGCGAAAUGGAAAUUAGAUCCUUCCUUUUCUAAAUCUUUUUUUUUUUUUUUUAAUAGUAUCUUUUUGGUUCCAAUUCCUUUUUUGUUCAGACAGAUUCCAUUUAUCUAGUUUUAAUAGUAAAGACAAAAGGGAAUUGGGGGCAUACCCGGAACAUGCAUCUUGCAUGAGCAAAAUGUAUCCAUAAAACAGAUUAAGAAACAGCGCAAACAUAAAAAUACAGUUUUUAAUUUUAUAAGGCUACUUAAAAUCACCAAGUUAUCAAACAAAUAUGGAGAUUCAGUUCCACCAUAUGGUCAUAUUGUGUUAAACCCACCACUACUUCACAGAACUUCAAUAUUGGUGUGUCCUACACUAAUUCCAAUAUGGUUAUUUUGUGCUUAUCAUAUCAAUUUUGCAUUAUUUAUUUAUAUAUAUAUAUAUAUUCAUAAUGCUCUUACAACAGAUUAUUAGAAAACACUUUAGCUUAUUUAGCACUAGCACUAUUUAAUUUGUCUACCACGUUGAAAUUAGUGUAGGACCAGUGGCAGAACUACCACGGUCACAGGAGUCACAGCUGCGACCGGGAUCGUCACUCCAGGGGGCCUUGCCGCCCUGCUGACCCCUGCGACUGUGAGCCACCGAAGGUGGGAACGCCAAGAGGAGCACUCUCACAGGGGGGCCCAGGAGGUGGCCAUCUGGUAACCUUAAGGUACACCCAAAUCGGCUCCUAGCCAGUGUGGCAUAGUAGGCACCUGCUUACCUGGAUGGCAGGUGCCUACUCUGCCGAUAGACCCUGCAAGGGGAUGGGAGAAGAGUAGGCAAACUGCAUUCGGCGGUGGGGAGGGAGGCUCAUCUGUCAUUUCCUCUCUCCUCCCUUGCGCGCCCUCUGUGAUGCCGGGAACCGGAAUAUGACGUCAUUCUGGCCCCGGCAGGAGCGUACCUGAAGCAUUUGGCACCCGGGGCAGACUCCCCCCCCCCCAUUUUAAAAUGUAAAACCCACAAAUGAUCUUUAUUUUUUUACAUGUAUUUAGCACUGAGCAGUGUUUGCAUUUUUUUAAAAUGUAUUUAGCACUGAGCAGUGUUUUUGUAUUUGAAUGUAAGCAUGUUUUUGUAUGAAGUAUGUCUGAGUGAAUGUUGGGGUGUGUUUGCAUGUAGUGUUGGCAUUUGAAUGCAGUCGUGCAUUUUUGUGUAUUGUGGUUUUUGAAUAUGUGGUAUGUUUUUAUGUAGUGUUGAUUUUUGGAUGCAGGGGUGUAUUUGUGUGUAGUGUUGGCGAAAUGCUGAAAUGUAUGCAUAUAUACUCAAAUAUACACACACUGGCACACAUGCAGAUAUAUAGACACACAGAUGCACACACUGGCACAUACAGACUGACAGACACAUAGGUAUACACAUGCAGACACAUAGAAACACAGUAAUGCACAGAUACAGACAAAAACUGACACACAGAUAGAAACACACACUUACCGACACACAUAUACAGACACACGGGUAUAAGUGUGUGCUUAUAGUAUGCAGUGUGUGUUUGUGUACUGUAUGCAGUGUGUGUGUGUGUAUAGUGUAUGCAGUGUGUUUGUGUGUGUGUGUGUGUGUGUGUGUAUGUGUAUAUAGUGUAUGCAGUGUGUGUGUGUGUAGUGUAUGCAGUGUGUGUAUAGUGAAUGCAUUGUGUGUGUGUGUGUGUGUGUGUGUGUAGUGAGUGUAAUAAUGUAAUAUUUAGUGUAUAUGUGUGCAUAACAGAUUUCCACAGCAAUAACACAAUAUGAAUGCAGGAAUACAUUUGUUUGGAGUAUCACUAUGUGUGUGAACGUAGGUUAUAUUUGUGAUGUUUGUGUGUGAAUUUGACUUAUUUGUAUAUUUGUGCAGUGUUAGUGAGUAAAUGUUGCAGUAUAUUUGUGUGAAUGAUUAAUGUGCAUGUGUUCAGAUGUGUAUUUGUGCAUUGUGUUUCCAGUCCCUAUAAACCCCUUCUAUCUCUCUCCAUCAUGCUCUGUUCAAUUAUCUCUCCCACACAUGUGCUCCUCUUCCUCUUUCCCCACUUGUGUCUCCCUUCCCACAUCUUCCACUCUUCUCAUACCACUUUGCCCAUUUGUUACCCCUUCUCUCCCCUCCUUUCCCCAUUUGUGCCCUGUUUUGUGCCUUCCCACGAACGUUUUCCACGAGGAGUGGGGAAGCUGGCCUCCUGCCCACUGACUACAGUCCAGGUCUGAAACCCUGUGCGGGAGAUACCCUGCCCAGCUACCAUCAGCAUCUUUCCCUCGCUGGCCCUGGUUCAGCACUUUACCUUCUCACAAAUGGAACCGAACGCUAGCUGCCUGACGACCGUUCGCAUGAACAAAUCCACGAACAGUCCUCAGCGGUACUUAAUGUUAUGGAACUGUUUUCGGCUAAGUGACCUUGCGAUUCCCAGGCAACUUGGCUUGGGGUUUUGAACCACAUUGCGACCGGCCAAGAGAGAGCUUUUUGGAGGGAAGAUGCCUAAGACUAAGGAGUACAAACACUCCCUAAAGUUGAACGGCAAAAGCACCAAAUGCCAUGGAACUAUUUUGGGCUAGGAACACGUGUGCGGCUGGUCAGAACUUUGCCCCGGUGCUGUUUCCCCUAUAGUGCACGGAUCUGAGCGCUAUUUGUACAACUCAGGUGCUCAGAUCAGGGCUGUUUAGGGAUGUAGGACAUGUGGGGUUAUUAUAUGUUUUAUGAUGUUUUGGUGUACUUUUAUGUUUUGGUGUUUAUCUCUCUGUUCCUGGGAGAUAAUUAGCUUAACAGUCUUUAACUCAGUUCCUGGGAGGGGCUUGUAUUGUAUUGUUUGGAGAUCCCCUGCUGGGGUCUGUGCCUGAAAGGCUGAGUUUGGCUAAUUAAAAUGAAAUUACUGAGAGGGGAAAGGGCUAUUCGCUACUCAGCACCUGGUUCCAGCUCAUGGAGGAUUCAGCGGAGAAAGUCCUUGUAAGUACUAUAGCUCCCAAGACUGUGUGUUGUCCAGUCCCUGGGACAGGAGGACCUCAGUCAAGCUACGGCGGCUGAGGCAGAAGUGCAGAGCCACGCUACAGAGGAAUCAAAUUAAAACAAUUCAAAGUGGAGUUGUUGCAGAAAAAAACAAAACAUGAUAUAUAUUUAACUUAAAAUGAGAUGUUUAUAAAGUAACAGGCCUAACAACUUUGGAUGUCUUUACAUAGAAAAGAUUCCAUUUAGUUUGUGCAGUCCAAGUGUACGCUACACGUAAGUGCUAGUAGGGAAUUAAAUAGGAGAACUGUGCUGUGGAUUAAGGUGUGCUUGGGCAAACCUCUUGCGCUUGUCUAUGAUGUGCAGUAUAUGAUUCGACAAUAACAAGGCUUAUAAUAGGUAAAUCUGUAAAAAAAAAAAAAGGUCAUAAAUAUGCUCAGCACAAUUCUAUCUGGCCAUUUUAAAUAUAAGCCCUUUUAGUUAUUUUUAAACUAAAAAUGUUGUUUUCGGCGCAAAAAAUAGGGGUGCAGCCUAAAGACAAAAUGGUGUUAGUACAGCUCACCUUUAAAACAGCUAUUUCCCCUCUCCCCCCAAAAAUAGAACAAUAAAUCAUAUGUUUGCAUUUCUUUUGAAUUAUUAUUUGAAUUUGCAGGCCAAGUAGUAGCUCAUAUUCAAGUUCAUCUCAUGGGGCUUGGUUGUCUUUAGAAGUAAACAAUGAGAAAAUGUUUCCAUGCUGUGUUCUUACAAACAUUAUAUUCAGCAAAACAAAAUCUGCUUAGCCAUAAAAUAGAUAUGAGACAGUCAGCAGCAUCCAGUUACUAUGAAUUCCCUAGAUAUAUACUAAGAUUUCAACAGUUACCUGUACAAAGAUCUUUUAUAGGGAUGAAAAAAUAUAGCCGUCAGCAUUAUUUCCUCUGAGGUGAGUGGCAAGAGGAUGAAACUGUUCCCUAAAUUUCUAUACAAUGAAUAGCUGUCUGUUAAAUGGGAACUGUCACCUUCCCUUCCAGGAUGUUUAAUAGUGUUUGCUUAUUUCAGUUUUUGACAAAUAUGUAUUUGUGAGUUGAAAAAUCUAAUAAAGAUAUGCACACCUUGUUAUCCUGUAAUUUGAUGCCUCCAUCUUACCUCUCUGUACCUCAGGUAAGAAGAAAAAUAAAGUUUUGCUACUUACAUCACAGGGACUUCUGGCACCACAACUACUUCAUAAUAUUAAUUUAAAUACAUUUUUGUGACCUGCUUUUGUACAUCUAUUUUAUUUUUUUCCCCAAUUAUUUGGCGAGUACUAUUCAUUUUAUAUAUCUGCGGUAAGUGAAGAAAACUGAAUGUUGAAUGAAGUAAAGAACAAUUAGCACUGUAGUAAUCUUUCUACAUAUUAGAAGGAAAAUGACAGCAAAAAGGCUUGGUAUAGACACAGCAGCCCUGAUAGAGUCUGUACUCUGAACGGAUUUAUAUCCUCUUGUUUCUCCGACUUAUUCUCUCAUUUCCCAUUUUGUCUGUACCUGCUUAUUUUCAGCUGUACCUUGUCCCACAGACUUACAUAAGCCACUUUUAGAUGGCACCUGCUGGAUAUACAAUACAAAACCAAAAGCACUUUCUGGCACAUUAUCCCAACUCCCUAUGCACAUUUCAACAAUUUUUUAGUAUUAUUGCAAUGGCCAUUAGAGAUUUUCACUUGCUAGCAUCAAGGUAAAUCAUUUUGGUGAGUCAUACACUAACAAUUCACCUUGCUGCUUUCAGCUAAAAGUUAAAAUCUGUAAUUAGACAGGAGUGGGCAUUCUAACAAAUGCCUACAAACUGACCCUUAAUAGGGCACACACCGUGUGGGCAGCAGACACCUUCUGUCUCAUUAGAUAUUUUGCCUUUUAACUGAAACUUACAAGUAAAUUAUUAGUGUAGGAAGUUUGUCUUGAUUUUUGGCUGUUGAGCUUACACUUUAAUUGUCGUUGCAGUGGUAGCAAAAACCUUUGUUAUUUACAUUUGGAUACAUUUUUUUCUCUUGUUUAUAAUUAGUAUUGCCAUUGCAGCUGCCAACGAGUAAUGAGAGUUAAAGCACAGAGCUAAUGUUUGAGUUUUUACAUCCACAGUAUAACUUAAUGUGACCAACAGACUCAUAAUUAGGCCUUUUCACUCAUUUCUGGUAAGUUAGCUGCUUUGUCACCAAACCAGUAGCCUUUACCUGAAUCCACUUGUGGUUGGACAGACUGACUUUACAUGCUAGAGUUCCUAAAACUGUACAUCAAGGCGCACUUGGACACACGCUAUCAUACCUCCCAAGUGUUCCUAUUUAGAAGGACCAAAUCCCUCUGUCCCCUUUUACCAGAAACACCAUAUUAUUGUUAGUGUGUUUGAAUGUGUAACAGAACUCCACAGCUAUUAUACACAUAGUAAUGAGCAUUUAAACUACAAUAAAUGUGUUUAAAAAACAGCCUGUGUAAAUAUACAGCCUGUGUAAAUAUGAUACAUAGUUUCUGCUUUAAAUCACAUUUAAUUUGCAAAACUUGUAAGUCACCUAAAAUUUCUCAGAAGAGCCCCAUCUCUGGUCACCCUUCCGCUCACACCCCUAAUAUAAAAGUGUCCCUCUGUCUAAUUAAAGUGUUGGAAUGUAUGUUUCUGUAUUGUACAGAAUCUUGCAAUGAAAGUGACUAUUUUUUGGAAUUAGUUUUGACUUUAUACAUCUAUGAUAAGAUGGUUACAUCUUGGUGGUCUAGGGGUAUGUUUACCUUUUUAACCACUUACACUUGUGUAGUAUUGAAGCUGUUAGUGAGUGUCAGUUUGGAUCAGUAUGGAGAAUAAAUAUACUUUAUGGAUGUAGUGCAAUCUCAGUCAGCAAUUGCUGUAAGUUCAGAAAUGUCCCUUCACGGAUAAUAUAUGAUGUUAUUAUAGUUUAACAUUAGGGAAUUUAUAUGGCCUAUAUUUUGUCUUUCUGGAAUUUAACAAUGUCCUUUGAAUUCUUGGCCUGUUUUCUUCCUCACGUACAGAGUGUCCUUGGAUAAAGGUCUUAUAAUAAGAAAGGACUCCAGGCUCCCUCUGAUUCUGUCUCUUGGUCUCUUAAUAGUUCAUUUAUCUCCUCUCUCUUUCUCUAGCUCAUUUUUGCACUUUCUUAUUUCUUUGUGUAUGUGUCACUCACUUUUUCAUCAGUGUCUCUCUGUUUCUGCCUUUUUACCAUCCUUUCUCUCUACAUUUAUCUUUCAGUAUGCGUGUCAGAUCUCCUGUGCUCAACUUAUGGCUGUCUCUUGCUCUCUGCCUCUCUCUUUCCCCUGUAUGUUAUGAGCUUAGUCUAGGUACAGUUUUGUACCAAAUUUUUUUUAAUGCAUUAUAUAGAUAAAGUAUUAAAAAUGUUGGCAAAAAAAAAAGAUAUUAAAAUUAAAAAGUUACCUAUUUAAAUAUAGCUCUAUGCACAUGAAGAUGAAAUGUCUAAAUCAGGAGCCCUCAUUCUGCUAUAUGGGGAACUGUCUCAUUCCCUAAUCACUUGUCCAGCAGCAAGGAAUUAUAGAAUAGGUAAUUUAUCCUUCAUCACAGAGGGUGAUUGUAACUGCUCAGUAAACUGAUAGCAGCCAUUUUGUUGCAGUUGUAGGUUUGUACACAACCUGGUUCACUGUUUUGUAAACAAGGCUGUAUAUUACUAUUGAUUGAGCUACGUGCGGCACAUGUGCAGUUUGUUGCCUUGCGCUCUUGGGGAAAAAAAUGCCUCCCGUAUUGUGCAUAAGUUGUGCAUGUGCAACCCACACCAUAGAACGAAAUGGAGACUGGCAACUAAGAGCCAAGACUACCUCAUUAGCAGGGCUCCCAACUGUUCUGCUUUUGGGGUCCUGUCCCUGCUGUUCUACUUUAGUCCCCAGGUUUAGUCCCCACAUCUGGGGAAACCAGGGAACUGUAGUUUCGGGGCUGAACGGGAGGCUGUGUGUCAGUCUGCUGUGCUUGACACCAGGCUGACCUACCACUUUCAGGGUGCAAGCAUACCCAUGUACCAUGUUGAUACACCCAUUAUGAAUGUUAUCAGUGGCACAAGUUAUGACACUGGUAAAGCCCCAAUUGACUAACCCUUUAACUACUCGUUUGUGCCUGUUUUUCUGUUGCCCAGUUUGAGGCCUCUGUCCUAUGGUAAUGGAGGUUGUUUUUACACUUUUGUCUGACUUCUGGCGUAACCGAAAUAUCACCAAAAGUACAGCACAAGGUCUUAAAAGUGCACUCUGACCAUCUAGGAAUAUUUCCAAACUGCUCUGCACAUGGUUAGCCCCCAUUGGUUGCUGUCUGCCAUAUCUCUUCUGAUUUUGCAUGAACAACGGUGGAUAUUUAUCAAAUGUCUGUUCUAAAAUGUUGAGAAGAAAUAUAUAAAGUGGAACGUGCGGGCUGGUUUCCAUGGUGAAUGACCCACGUUUAGUACUUUAGACCACUUGUUAGAACUGAAGUUUGAUAAAUAAACCCUCCCAAUUUUGUUGUUUUUGCCUUUUUGGGGGUUUUGCUUUAUGUUUAUACAGAAUAACUCAUUCAGUUUAAUGAUAUAAGUUGCUUUACUUUGGGAAUUUACUCCGAAAUCUAUUUUUACUUUUGUAUUUUCUGUGUUUUCAGACUUUGUACAUGAAUCUCUUUCAGUCUGUCUGGUUUGAACGGAUAUAAAAGAAAUAGAAUGAAAAUAAGAAUGUUUUUUUAAUGAACUUUCUGUGCUUGGAUAGUUAUAUAGCUGUGAUACAUGAUUAAUUCAUUGUAUAAAAGAUAAAUGUAUUUAUUUUUAGUGAUUCCAAACAUUUGUACUGAAAGAUGAUAUCGUCCCAUUGAAAUGCAGAUAAGCUUGCUGCUACCAGAUCUCAUUGAGGCUCUUUACAGAGGGACUACAUUGAUAAAGGCUACAAUACGAAAGCUGAGAAAUUCUUUCUACAAUGAGUAAAACUUCCUUAUUGUGCACUUUCGUUUUUUAUUAUCUUGUCUUUUGAGGUGCAAGUGAAAUUAUACUCCUAUCAGCAUUGUGCACUGCUUUAUCUUCCAAAUUAAAAUUCACUUAAAGCGCUAUAAAUAUUUACGCUCUUUUGAAUAGAUCACAGUGCAAGAAGCUCCCCGAAGCUUCCAGCAUUCUGCGUUUUUUACAGCAAUAGUAUUCCAAAGUCUCUGCUCCGCUGUGAUGAUUGCGUUGUAAUUUAACCCAGAUUUUAAUAGUUGCAUGCAAAAUACAAUCGCUAUAAAUAAAGCUGAUUUGAUCUUGUAUGAAUUCUGUUCUCGAGCAAUAUUUUUGAGUCCUCACCUUCUAGAAAUAUAUAUAGGUCCUUUGAAACAAAAUCACAGAAAGCCCCAAUGCAAUCUAAAAAACACAAAAGGCAACAACAUAAAACUCUAGGUACAAGAAUAAAUAAAACAUACACUUCUAAAUGCAGGAGUGUUUUUAUUCCCCUAUGUCCUCAAGCUCACAUUUUAUAAGAUUGUGCUUGAUUUGCAAAAGUGCCCAGCCAAAAACAAUGCUCCAUUCAGGAGUUCUUCACUUCAAUACAGAUUUUCUGGGUUGCAGCUUCUCAUUGAACUUUGAAUUAUCACUAUUCAUGUGCAGGUAAGUUCACCCACUCCCAAAGGGUGAUACAUUUGACAAGUUGAGAUGAGGCUACCAAUGAGGAAAUCUAAAGGUCUAAAAGAUGCAUAUUGUCAGAUGGUAUUCAGAUAGAAAGGUAUUGGAAAUGUGGAAGAGGCAUUUGCAUGAAAUUAUGGAAACAGUUAUGUAAUAUUUACAAAAGUUGUCUUUUCGCUGAAUAUCCAGACAUCUUUGUUCACUGAACUACACUCAGCAAAAAAAAAUUUCAUCUGCAAAAUAUUUUAUUUUCCGUUUCAAACAAGCUUUAUUUGUGUCAUCAAAUUGUUUACAACUGUACGAUUAGUAGGUAAAGUGAGAGACACGCAGGUCUUGUGUAAACAUGGUUAACAAUCUUACAAGCAUGUUUUAAGGAAUCAUCCUUGCCAUUAAACCAUGUAAAUAUUUUAUUUUCCAAUAUAUCUUUGUUUGCCCUGCCAAAUUGUAGCUGUCCUUUAAAUAUUUUUAUUUGUACGCAAUCCCUUUUUUUCCAGUUGAAAACUUUCACACCAUGCAUAUUGCAAAUGUCAACAAAUUUAAUUUAUAGCAAACUACGAGCACAGAAACGUAACUCAUUUAAUGUUUGAAAUGGGUCUCUCAUGGCAUUGGGGAAGCCAGUGCCUGUUCAGUAAUCAAUUUAUUGUGAGCAGUUGCCGGAGGCAUGACAAAUAUUAUUUGUCUGUACCAUUCAAGGGGGGCCCAAAUUAGUUUGUUUUAGCCACAGGACAAAAAGAUAUCAUAAAUUUGAUUGUAAUCGUUUUUUAAGCAAACAUUAACCUCUUUGUAGCAAGGAAAAACUGACAUGUUGUAUGAUUUGCUAAAGGGUAAGAUAACCAUCCCACCCAAACUGGCCUCAAAGAUUAGUUACCUAGAUAACAGUGGAGUGAUGUGUUUUAUUACUUGAGGCAAAAUAGACUACCAACUAACCCAAGUCUGAUUUAACGAAUCUGAAUUAGUUGCCUGUUUUUUUUUUUUUCUGGUCAAAAAAGUCUUUCUGACAGUUUUUACCUAUGUUUGCAGCUACUCUUGUCUUGGGAGGCCCCACCAUUUUUAUAAUUAUCCUGAAUUUCUUUAGGGCCCCUUCUCAUUAUAGAUACAGAGUAGCUGUGUAUAGAGAAAGGAACUGUUAAUGCACAAUGAAAAACUUCCAGUUUACUUUGUGGUUGCUAGGGAGACCUAAACUUUGAGACCCCCCACUUUCCUGUAAAAUCUAGAGAAUGCAUACACCACAUGCAUGCAAAAUAGCCUUUAUUGUUAUGUAAUGUAUGUGCCAUGAAGUCUUGGAAGUCACAAGUUAAUCUUGUUAUGUGUUUGGGAGGAAAUAAGAAAAAGUUAUUCUUCUAGUUGUCUAAUAAAUUUGCAUAUGUGUUAAUAGAUAGAUAGAUAGAUAUACACACGGCAUUCACAAGUAUUCAGACCCCUUAUUUUUUUCUCAUUGCAACCUUAUGCAACAAUUGAUUAAAGUAAAGGGAUACUGUAGUGCCAGAAAUACAAAGCUGUAUUCCUGGCACUGCCUAUCCCUCUGCCUCCCCCUCCCUUGUGCCCCUCCUCCCUGGUAAAUAAAGGGUUAAAAACCUUUUAUUUACUUACCUGACCCCGGCGCCGAUGUCCCUCGGCGCUGGGUCAAAGCUCCGCCCCUCCUCCGUCCUGUGACGAGCGGGGUCUAAUGCGCAUGCGCAGCAAUUGCCGCCCACACAUUAGACCUCCUCGUAGGAAAGCAUUGAAUCGAUGCUUUCCUGUGGGGAAAAUCUGACUUGGAGGUCCUCAUGCAGAGCGUGAGGACGUCCAGCAUCAGAUAACAGACCAAACGUCCGUUACAAUUCCUGAAGCCCUCUAGUGGCCGUCUGGUAGACAGCCACUGAGGGCAGAGUUAGAGCUGCAAUGUAAACAUUACACUUCUCUGAAACUACAAUGUUUAACAUUGCAGCACUAAAUGCAAAAGGGACACAGCACCCAGACAACUAAAUAAGCUGAAGUGGUCUGGGUGUCUACAGUGUCCCUUUAAUGUUUGUUUUUGUUUUCACAUCAAUCUUCACUCAACACCCCAUAAUGAAAAAACAGAAAAACAUAUAUUUUUAGUCCAUUGCAAAUAAAUGAAACAUAAAAGGAUGAAAUACCAAAUUAACAUAAGUAUUCAGACUCCGAAGUCAGUACAUAGUUGAAGCACCUUUGGCAGUGAUUACAGCCUCAAUUCUUUUUGAAUAUGAUGCAAUAAGCAUUGCACACCUGGAUUUGGGUCUGACAUUCAUCUCUGAAAAUCCUCUCAAACUUUGUCAGAUUAGAUUGGGACCAUCCAUGGAUAGCCAUUUUCCUAUCUCUCCAGAGUUUGAUUAAAUUCAUGCCCGGUCUCGAGCUCUCUGUGACAUUUACAGAGUUUUCUUAAAGGCACUCUUGCAUUAUCUUGGUUGUGUGCUUAGGGACACUAUCCUGUUGGAAGGCAAAUCUUCAGCAAGUCUGAAGUCCUGACCACUCUUGACCAGGUUUUCAUUAAGGAUGCCAAUGUAUUUGCUCUGCCACGGAAAAACACCCCCAUAAUGCUGCCCCUUUCUUAUGGUAUUGCACGGGUGAUGAGCUGUACCUGCUUUCCUCUAGACAUGAUGCUUUGAAUUGAACAGUUCAAUAUUUGUUUGAUUAGGCCAGGGCAUCUUGUUUCUCAAGAUGAGAAACCUUUCAGUCCUUUAUUUGCUAAUUCCAAGCAGGAUUUCAUGUGCCUUGCUGUGAAUAGAGGCUUCCAGUUCAGUGGGGCGUUUUUAGGAAUGGUUGUCCUUCUGCAAGCAUCUUCCUUCUCUACACGUGAUCUCUGGAACUCACCUAGUGUGACCAUCAGGUUCUUAAUCACCUUACCAAAGCCAUUUUUUUCACCAACUGCUUGGUUAAGUCAGGUUGCCAGCUCUAGAUAAUCCUUGAUGUUCCAAACUUCUUCCAUUUAAAAGUUAUAGAGGUCAAAUUUGUGAUAUCUUUUUGUCCUGUGGCUAAAACAAGUUUGGGAACCUUCUAUGCAGUGACAUUUUUUACAGUCUUCCUGAGAUCUAUACCUUAGCACAUCCCUGUCUCUGAGCUUUGCAGGCAGUUCCUUUGACUUCAAGUUCAGAAACCUCUCAGAGGUUAUCCAGAGAAAUGGGAUACACCUAAGCUAAAUUUCAAGUGUCAAACCAAAGGGCCUGAAUUCUUAUGCAAUUGUGAUAUUUCUGUUUUUUCUUUUUAAUAAAUUUGAAAAGUUUUUUAAAAAUCUGCUUUUUUUUUUUCAUUAUAGGGUAUUGAGUGUAGAUUGAUGUGAAAAAAAAAUAUUUAAACAAUUGUAGCAUGGGGUCUGAAUACUUUAAGAAUGCACUAUGUGUAUUUAAUCUACUAAGAUUAAUAGCAAAGCAAUAUGUUUAAAACUAUUAAUAAAAAGUAAUAAUUCACACCUUAAAAUAAACACUGCAAGAAAAGCAAUGAAAGAUGUAUUGAACAAUAGAUUACAGAAAUUAAGUAGAAUAAAAAGAAGCAACUAAAAAUACAUUUAUAUGUAAUUCUAAAGUUCUGUGCUGAAGACAGUGCAAGUAAUUGCAAGACGAAUGUAGAACACGCUAUGUAUAUAGUUGUAAAUUCUUGUGAAUAUAAAAAAAUUUCACUCACAAGGUCCAUGUGAUUAUUUGUCCGUGAGUAAGAUAUUCACUAAAUCAGAAAAUAACCAAUUAAGUUAGAAUUUUAUCCAUCAUAGUCAUGCUAGAGAUAUCAAUCAGUUGAAUAAUGUUCCAGGUUGUCUUUUUCCUAAAAUGUGAAAUCCCUUUGAGAUUUCCUAGCAAGUCUCAGUUUAGUGAAUAUUCCUGGGAAAUGUUGAUACGGGAUCUGAGGAUGCAGAGUUACACUGAUGUAUAGCACUGAGGGCUUAGAUCUCUGUUUUAGGCACAUUUUGGAGUCUUUUGUUAAUGUUAUUAUGGUACGUAGGGUAAUUUUUCUUAUGCAUUUUUCCUGUGCUUGACAAUCUUGCUAUUUUAACAAAGGAGGUGGAGCUUGCUUUACGCUCCAAUCUUUGUUAAGAUUGUCGUGUAGGAAAAAUAGAAAAGACAAAGCAGUCCCUACUAUGAUCUUAUCAAAUGGAAAUACAGGUAACGCCAAGAAUAAAAUACUUCAAAUACAAGAGCUUUUAGUAAUAAAAACAGUAAAAUGCACACAAGAUAUAAAAAAGUCCUAAAAAUAAAAUUAGAAAAAAAUACCAAAUGGUAAGGCACAGUCUCAGAGGUAACAACAAAUACUUGUGUGGCACUUAUUGGGUAGCUUCGCUUGAUAGCAGCAUAUGAAAAGGAAGGAAAAAACAAAGGCGAACCAAUAGUGCAAUAUGAUUGUAAGUAGUAGGACACACGACACUUAAAGGACCACUAUAGGCACCCAGACCACUUCAGCUUAAUGAAGUGGUCUGGGUGCCAGGUCCCUCUAGGAUUAACCCUUUCUGCUGUAAACAUAGCAGUUUCAGAGAAACUGCUAUGUUUACCUAUGGGUUAAUCCAGCCUCUAGUGGCUGUCUCAUUGACAGCCACUAAAGGCGCUUCCGCGCUUCUCACUGUGAUUUUCACAGUGAGAAGACGCCAGCGUUUAUAGGAAAGCAUUGAGAAUGCUUUCCUAUGAGAUUGGCUGAAUGCACGCGGCUCUUGCCGUGCAUGCACAUUCAGCCGAUGACAUCAGAAGAGGGAGGAGAGUCCCAGCGCCGAGGGAGCCUGCGCUGGAAAAAAGGUAAGGGAUUAACCCCUUCCUCCCCUGUCAGCGCAGCGGGACUGGGACCCUGAGGGUGAGGGCACUUGCAGAAUAUCCCUCUAAUUUUGGUACACAGAAGAGUGGUGGCAAAUCACAACUGGAUAGCGAUGAGUUAGAUUAUAUGAAAUGACAAAAAAGCAGUCAAUAGUGCUCUCUAUAUAGGUAAGUAUAAGUAAGACAAAAAAAAAUAUGCUUACAAUAAAAUGAGCAGACUAACCACAUGUAUCAAGCCUGGGUGGUAUGAUCCCCACCAGAAAUUCUUUGGCUAGUAGCCUGCAGAAGAUUCAAGAAGUCCAGAUGUCAGGUAAAGUAUAAAAAAUUGUAUACAUUCUAAAAAGUGUAUGGCUAGAGACAGGUAAUAAGGUAGCCAAAAAUACUUUAUUAAGAGCAAACGUUUCUGCCCUUAGAGCUUUUUCAAGUGGUUAAAAAAAAAAAAAAAACACUUGUUUAGCGCUGCUCUAUCCCCCUGUGUAGUUUUGCACCUACUUGGUCUUAUGUUUUAAAGAGAUCCGGAAUGAAGAAAAGAAGAACUGAUUACUAAAGACAAAAAGAAGAGGCAACAAUAGGCGAAAGGCAUGUUUGAGGAGAGCCACUUUAAUCCUACAGUGAGAGACAGUGUGCAUGCUUGGCAAUCACUGUGCUGUGCAAGCAAUGCUUCUCAUAGAGAACCUUGGUGUAUGCUUUCUCUAGAUUUUAGAGGAAAGUUGGGUGUCUCAAAGUUUAGGUCUCCGUAGCAACCACAAGGUAAACUGGAAGCAUUAGUUCUCUAUGCAAAGCUCUCACAUCCACUUUUUCCUGGGGCACAGAAAGAGCACCGUCCUGUUUGACUAAUUGACAGUCCGGAGGCUGCAACCCAAACACUAUAUAAAUGUGCAGAUUUUUCUUAAAAUCUGAAACUCUACAACACUUCUGCAAUGGUAAGUGCUUUAGGGCUGUUAAAUGUUCCUCUUAUGAGAUUUGGUUAUUGCAGGCAAGCUUAUUGGUGUUUCAACUGGAUUAAGUUUCAACAUAAAUGUUUACAACCAUUAUAAAUAAACCAUUUAAUGAUUGUAACAAUUCAUUGCUUAUCACGGUUGCAUUGCAAGUUUGUUAAAUCUUUUCUUUUUUCUUUUUAAUUAAUUUCUUCUGCAUUCAUAAAAACAAAUCAGAAAGGCUAAAACAUUUUGUAAACAAAGUCUAACAACAUAGAAAAUACAAAAGUAAUGAUUGGUUUAUCAUUAUUUUCCUGUGUUCUGAUUAGCAGUGGAGUAGUUUAUAAUAUCUUUAGACUUAAAGGACAGCUAUAAUCAUAUUUAAUUUAAUGAUAUUUAAUUAUAUUUCUUUUACAAUGAGUCUCUUGUGUAUGAGAGUGUGCUCUGUGCAUGGCUAGUAUAAAUUAUUUUCUUCUCUGAUUCGAGUUGCUGAAGGGGUAAAAACCCCUUCAGUGACUUACCUGUAUCCUGCGCCGAUGUCCCUCGGCGCAGGUUCAGGGUCCGCCCACGCUCUUCCCCCGCCUACGUCAUCUGGCGGGGGAGACCUAUUCCGCAAUGCCGCGAACGCACUUUAGAUCUCCCUAUAGGAAAGCAUGUUCCAUUAUGUUUCUACUCCUUUUCCUAAAGGAACACUAUAGUCACCUAAACAACUUGAGCUUAAUGAAGCGGUUUUUGUGUGUAGAUCAUGCUUCCAGGUUUCACUGCUCAAUUCUCUACCAUUUAGGAGUUAAAUAUCUUUGUUUCUGUUUAUUCAGCCAUUGCCACACCUCCCCUGGCUCUGACUGACACAGCCGCAUAAAAAAAAAACUGGUUUCACUUUCAAUCAGAUGUAAUUUACCUUAAACAAUUGUAUCUCUUUCUCUGUAAAUUGAACUUUAAUCACAUACAAGAGACUCUUGCAGGGCCUAGCAAGAUAUUAACAUAGCAGGGAAUAAGAAAAUCUAAAUUAAACAGAACUUGCAAUAAAGGAAGGAUAAACUGUAGAUGACUCUUUACAGGAAGUGUUUAGGAAGGCUAGGGUUCAUAAACAAAGUGAUUUAACUCCUAAAUGGCAGAGAAUUGAGUAGUGAGACUGCAAGGGCAUGAUCUAUACAACGAAACAGCUUAAUUAAGCUAAAGUUGUUUUGGUGACUAUAGUGUCCCUUUACCUUCUUAAAGGGACUCUCCAGUGCCAGGAAAACAAACUGUUUUCCUGGCACUGCAGGUCCCCUCUCCCUCCCAACCCCCAUCCCAAGUUGCUGAAGGGGUUAAAACCCCUUCAGUGACUUACCUGUAUCCAGCGCCGAUGUUCCUCGGCGCUGGUUCAGGGUCCGCCCACGCUCUUCCCCCGCCGACGUCAUCUGGCGGGGGAGACCUAUUCCGCAAUGCUGCGCACGCACUUUAGACCUCCCUAUAGGAAAGCAUUGAAAAAUUCUUUCAAUGCUUUCCUAUGGGGAUUUCAGUGAUGCUGGAGGUCCUCAAAUAGCGUGAGGACGUCCAGCGACGCUCUAGCACGAAAUGUGUGCUAUAAACCCGGAAGUGCCCUCUAGUGGCUGUCUAGUAGACAGCCACUAGAGGAUGAGUUAACCCUGCAAAGUAAAGUUAACCCUGCAAAGUAAACAGUUGCAGGGUUAAGGGUAGUGGGAGUUGGCACCCAGACCACUCCAAUGAGCAGAAGUGGUCUGGGUGCCUGGAGUGUCCCUUUAAGUAUAUAUGGUUACAUGGGUACAUAAAAAAACAAAAUGUUGCGGCAAGCAUUGUAUUCAUAUAGCCAGCAGCAUUUGUAUGCAUGUAGCCAGCGUGCUUAACUACACAUUACCUAGCCUAGCAUGUUUGCAUAGCUAAACAGCUCACUUCAGUUCACUCUCUAUUUAAAAAACAAUGGUGCAUGUCAUGCUUUCCCUCUUUGUCACUCCUCUGAGCAUUUCUCCUUGACAUGUAUGACUUGCUAGCUUACUUAACCCCUUAAGGACCAAACCUCUGGAAUAAAAGGGAAUCAUGAUAUGUCACACAUGUCAUGUGUCCUUAAGGGGUUAAACAAAAAUGAGAAAUCUAACUGUUGAAACCUUGCUUCUACUAAAACAAAAAAUGUGCCUGACAAGCAAAUGUCCCAACUUGAACUUCUAUAUACCUUGAAACCGCUGUUGUGGCGUACCAAGACCGUUAAUUUUGAGCACAACAAAAAUUUAAAAAAUAAUUAAAAAAAAAGUAUACAUUUCAAUGGCUCUACAGUUUUGCACACUAAUGACUUAUUUUCUGCUAAAUCUUAAGGUCAUUACUCUCUCUCAAUUCUCCUCGACCGCUCUGCUGCUUUGACAUUGUUGAGCAUCCUCUUCUUUUAAACCCUUCACUCUGUGACACUCUGUGGUUUCCUGGUUUCCAUUCAUCUACUCUGUCUGUCUGUCUUUCUUUUUUUUUCUUUUUUUGACAGUCUUUAUUUACAUAUAAUUUUUGACACAGGAAGGUAAUGGGAAUAAAACAAGAAGAGAUAAAAGAGCAUGUGAUAAACAUUGUCAGUACAAAGACCCCAUCGAAAGUCAAACAUUUAGACCGUAAAUGAGUGCCAAAAUAAGAUAUGGCACUAAAUUGAGUGACAAAAUAAAUCAAAUUAGGAAAUACAAGCAAAUACAUAGAACUAAAUUAAUGAAAAUAUAAGUAUAAUGGAUAGCACUCUGGCAUGUUCCAGAGCAGUAUUCAUUAUUUUAAAACCCUUUGGUGUUCUACCAAGUGAGUCAAUCCCUUCAAACCCUGUGAAGACCUAAUUAAGUACCGCAAUGCACAGACCUGAUGUUUAUUCAUAGGCCUCUUGUCUCCUAGGAACGACUAAGUGCCUGUCUACAUGGUUCUUGGAACCAGUAGCCCCACCUCUAGUCAUAUAUGGGGUUCGUUGAAGUGCCAUAGUAAGGAAAUUAAGAAGAAAGUGAAAAUCUAGGGUAGUGAGGAUAAAAGAGGUUGAUAAGGGUAAACUGAAUUUAGCAUAAAUGAAGCUGAGAAUGCUCCCAUGUCAAUCCUAAAGUGGAGAGAAAACAGUGAAGAAAAGAAUGCUCCAAUGCCACCUGCGCAACCCCCAUCAUGUGUUAAUCUUGAAUUUCCUGUCCAGCCCCCUUCUGGCUCAGCUCGUCAGGAAUCCCUGUCUGUUCCCUUGAUGUGUAUUCUAGCCAAGGGUACCAUGUCUGUGCUUGUCUAUCACUAGUGUUUUGGGACACUGCAGUCAUAGAUUCCGCUGCCUCUAUCUCCACUACCUUAGCUAGCCAGUAUUGUACUGAGAUUUCUGUGAAUGAUAGAGGAAUGAUAGAUUUGGCUGCAAUAAGGAGGAACCAGAGAAAUAAUAUUUUAUGCAUAAAUAGGGGAAGACUAGAAUGGUGUGGGAGGACAUUUUGGACACAAAAAGCGGUGCAAUGGUAACUUUGACCCCCUCCCAAAAGGUAGCGAGAGUAAGCAUGAACACAAAAUGUGGAGAAGGGUUCCAGGUGAUUCACCACAAUGCCAACAUAGAGGAGAAUUCCUGGGAUUGUUUUGUGAAGGCUGACUGGUGUUCAAUACCAAAAAUAUAGGAUUUUAGAGUUUGCAUCAUGAAAUUUGGUACAUGCUGUCCUGCAAUGGUUAAGAAUCAAGAUUUCAGACCACUGUUUAUCUGAGAACAAGACCUCCAGAGCCUCCUCCCAUCUCAUCCUAACAGCGUCUGGGAAGACUCUAGCUUGUGUGAGUAACAACCGAUUCAGAAAAGAUAUGCCUCGUUCGAUUGGACUGCCUCUAAUGCACAACACCUCAAAGGUUGUGCUAUCUCUACACAGUGUGGAAUUAUUUGUAAUGGACGAUUGUAAUAAUGUAAUAAUGGGGCCCAGAAAAGCCAGCCCACAUGUGGGAAUACACUACACAAGCUCAGGAUUGUGUGUAAGGUGUAGAAGAGGACUGGGUCAGGGUGCAAUUGGUGUGUGUCUGCUGCUCUGGAACUGAUUGUGGAGAAAAUCGAACUAAGUGGGGUUAUCUGUCUGGGAAUUGAGUUAAAACUCAACCACACUAAGUCAUUCAGUUGGAGGGAACUCAAAUCAUGCUCCAGUGCCAACCAGGGUUUUGUAAAUCCACCACAUUCCAUUCUUGCACUCUCUGUAAAUGCGUGACUUCAUAAUAUAAUUGAAAAUGUAGUAGAGCUAAUACUCGUAGCCAUUUAGGAAGGCUUAAGACGUUUUGUCUAUGAGAUCCUUUCCACACAGAGGCAAUUGCUGCACCCAGGAGAAGUGACAAAAGUUUGCAGAAGCUAAAUGGGGAUUGUAUGAAACAAAUAUAGUAUGCACAGUAAAAUAUAAAUUUUGAGAAUGUUGAUAUGGCCAAACCAAGAGAGAUGUUGUACGGUCCAUUUGCAGAGAUUUCAUUAUAACUCGUUUAGCAGAUGUAAAUGAGUACUCUGGUACGUUUUAGAGUUAAAGUCAGUGGUCAACCAGACACCCAGGUAUUUUAUUUGGUCCCUACACGAUGUAAAUAAAAAAAAUAGGUUGCCAAGUCACUAUUCCUCUGUGGGGAUUUUUUAAAACCUAAAAUUUAGUGCGCUUAAGAUUGGAUAGUUGUUCAUACUAGUCAAGUUCUACGAGUAGGUUGGGAAGAGUAGUUUUGUGUUCCAUCUGGCCAUGAUUGUCUCUACUAAUGCUGACAUUACUUCUUACUGCCUGUAAAAGUGGCUCAAGUAAAAGGGCAAAUAGUAUUUGGGACAGAGACCAUCCUAUCUUUCUAAAUGCUCAUUAAGUGUAUCCUUCUCUGGUGCCACCUCCUCUCCACUGUCUCAGUUGGUGUUCUCCGCGGUUGCCAACUUCCUCUCUCAGUAAUCUUAUUAACUUUUUUUAAAUUUUAACACCAUCCAUAUGCUAAAAUUAGAAAUGCCACUCUUCCCCCACCUCUCUUCUUCCCUCCUGGAACAUGUCUCAAACUGCCGCUCUUCCAUCCACAACUGGAUGUCUUGAAUUGAACUCAUCUUACCCCCUUCAACUAUCUCCCUGCAUGUCAGUUAGACACCGUUUACCCCUAGCACUAAUGCUUGCUGCCUUAAAGUUACUUUUGACUCAGGUUUUUUUUUUUUUUUAAUUCUUUAUUUUUGUUGUGCACAAAUUAACAAACAGCCUCAGUAUGCCACAACAGCAGUAUUGAGGUAUAUAGAAAUUAACUAUGCAAUACAAGAUGUGACAGUUGAUGUUUAGGCACAAUUUUUAAAGAGUAAACUUUAGAUAAGUCAGACUAGUGAGUUCAAGAAUAGUAGGCUAAGUUGAGCUGAUAGUUUAGGUUAUUUAGUUAGCACUUAAGUAGUCAAACAUGGUCUAAAACUUGCACAUUAACUUUAGGAACAGCAAGCAGAGUUUAACACGUGCUAGGCAAGUAUAGGUUCAUAUACCACAUGCUCAUAGUGUCACGACAGCAGAUACAAACUCAACCACAGCAUAUAUGUGGAAUUACAAGCCUGGCAGUAGAAAAGUCAUGUAUAAUGAUAUAUUGCAUCAGCGGGCAGUAGGUGUCCGCAGAUCUUGACCCUUUAUAAAAGGAAUAAAAGGUUAUAUGCAUAUAUAUAUGUAGAAACAAAAAAAGAAAAAAGAAAAAUUUAUAGAACAUGGCAGCAUUGAAGGGAACAGCACUCCGACAGUUCCUUGGUAACAGUUAUGGCGAUUCAGAACUGUCUCUGGUGUUAGGCAGGUGUCUCUUGGUCGGACUGCUCUGUUGUUUCGCUCUUCCCAUGGCCUUUUUCUCAUGUGUUUUUCCCCCUCGGUUUGUCUCUUCUGGCAUGUUGGCGGUUGGUCGGGCCAGUUUGUUAAAGAGAGUCUCUGGGUUAUCUGAUGAAGUUAGGGUGAAUGUUUCUGUGCCUUGUGUGACGGCCAAAGAUCCAUCCGCAUUCCAUCGGUAUCUGAUGGAGCAGUCCCGCAGCCUCCUAGCCACUGGGGCCAGCUGUCUUCUUUCCGCCAGGAUGGUAAAUGGGAGGUCGCUGUAGAUGGAGAGGUUAUGGCCCUCGAAACUCACUUGGCCCAUAGAUCUGGAUUUAGCCAUAAUAGCGGUCCUCACCGCAAUGUCUUUGGUUGUCACAAUGACAUCUCUCGGUGCGCCUGCUGGUGCCGCUGCGGAUUUGCGUAUUCGGAAGGCGGCCAGGAUGCAAGGUGUGCCUGUGGGGCUGUGAAUGCCCAUUGAGGUAAACAGCUUUUGAACAUAUUGCAGCGUGUCCCCCCCCUCAACCUGUUCAGGUAGACCUCUCAGACGCACAUUCCGACGCCUGUGUCUGGACUCCAGUGUGAGCACCGUUUUGCUUAUUUGUUUAACUUGUGAGGUGAGAUCCUCCACAUGUUGUGUAGUGGUCUGGAGCUGAGCGUCCCUGGCUUGUUCUCUGCUCUCCAUUGCAGACAUCUCAUGCUGCAGGGCCUUGACCUCAGUUUGUGUUUCCUGGAGGUCGGCCUUCCACAUUGUUCUCAGAUCGAGGAGCAAUUUUUUAAUAUCUCCCUUUGUGGCGGGGGAUGAGUCCUCAUCUGAGUUAGUUCUCUGGUACACUCCAUCUGGGUGAGGAGAGAUGGUAUAAUCCUCUUCUUCAGGGGAGUCAUCAGAGGCAUCUUGCUCACUGUAUUGCUCAGUUGCCGCCCUUGUGGGUGUUUGCUGGGGUGCCCUCCCAAAGGAUAGUCUAAUGUCUUGCACUGCAGGCCUGUCUGUCUGGAGCUGUCUUUUAUGCUUGCGCCCCAUAUCGUCUGUGGGUAUGUGUAUGAUACCGGGAUCUCCCUCUCCGGUGGGGGGGGGGGUUGGUGAGGCAAAUCUCUGGUGGGGUCUACUGUGGGAGCUGAGUCACCCUGUACCUUAGCAGGGGGAAUGGCCACUUCCCGCCUGCCCGCAUGUGGUAGGCCCCAACUCGUGCUGCAGACCCGAGUGAUGGGGCUAGCGCUGCAGUUGUUGCUCCAGGCAGUCUCCGGGUGACUCCCCAGCUGCUCGUGGUUGGACCCGGUACGAAACAGCUUGAUCAAAGCUGUGUUUUCUCCCAAAUCGUCGCGGUGUAGGCGGAGCUCCAGUAAGUUGCGACCGCUCAGCUCCGCUGUUAGGCUCCGCCCCCCUUUGACUCAGGUUUUACCUUUUCACCUCACAUCCAGUCUAUUUCUAAAUCCUGUAACUUCCAUCUUAAAAAUAUUUCCACAACCCUUUUCUAACUCAAGAUACAACUAAGGCACUUGUUCAUGCACUCAUUGUCACUCAAGUCUUACCCCAACACGCAGAAAAGUGGAAACCCACAAAAGGUGGAUCCAAAGAUGUAUUACUGAGCCUUACAAUGGCCAGACUUAACAUAUUAAUACAGCAAGAAACAAGGUUAAGAUAAAUCAAGGUCAAUAUUAGAGAAAUACUCAAAGUCAAGACAAAGCCAGGUCAGGAUCCUGGAAAAUAACGAAGACAAUUACGAAGCCGGGUCAGGAUGUCAGAAAUCACAAGGUCAAUAUGAAGCCGAGUUCAAACACAGAAAAUCACCAGGAAAUCACCAGGAGCACAAAGCGAGGAUCUAUACAGAAACCACGCAAUGAAUAUAGGCUAAAACAAGCCUUAGAUAGGCUCAAAAAAGUUCCCAUUGGUCCACCUCGUCUCUGCGACCCCAAACAGCAUUGGGUCGCCUAGAUUAGUGGCCCCCAACCCACUCCCCGUGGACCACGAACAGUCCAGGUUUUGUCAGUAUCUCACACUUGAAAAAAAAAGGGAAAUACAUAAAUCCUGGACUGUUAGUGGUGCAUGAGGACUGGGUUGGGGACCUCUGGCCUAGAUCACAUGGUCCUUUUAAGGUCAUGGCAAAAUAUUUUAUUCAUAGGGGCUGCAGCUCAUCAGGUGAACGGCUCCCUCUGCUCCCUCCUCUUACUUAUGAAGGUAAGUAAUAUCUAUUCAGGCCACACAGCCACAUGGAGCGUUUGGGCCACGCGGCCUGAGGACUACAGUUAUGCCACCACGCAAUACAUUCUGCCUGUGUUGCCCGAGGAGGGGAGCGGUGCGGGCCCCAGGUACAGAUAAGUCCGUGACACUCAUUCACUUACACUUAAUCAUGCACAUUUCCCAUCUUGACAAUUUCAGCUCACUACUUAUUAGCCUUCCAAAUAUACACAUUUCUCCUCUUAAGUCUGUAAUGAAUGCUACCUCCAAGUUCAUCUUCCUGAUUAAACUACUACUCCCACAUCUCACCUCUUUCUCAAUCGUUACAUGAGCGUCCUAUACCCUCAGGAAUGCAAGUCAAACUGCUAACACUAACCUACAAAGUCCUUAAUAAUUCCAGUCCUCACUAUAUUUCCUCUUGAGUCAACAAAUACACUGCUAUACUUGUUCCCUAUGCUCUGCUAGCAACCUUCUCUUGUCAUUUCCACACAGCCAACUCUCAUCUGCAGGAUUUUUCAAGGACUGACCCAUUUCAAUGGAAUUCCCUACCCCAUGUCAUCAGAUUCUCUUUUAGCCUCCAGUCCUUUAAGAAGUCCCUGAAAACACACCUCUUAAGGAUAGCCUACUCUCUUCUAGAUGACACUUCUCUUAUUGCCCUCUUCCAUUCCCUCUCUUCCAUAGCCCAGCUCAUUCUCUCUCCUUCCACUGUUAUCUUGUUCUACACACCACUUUUGACUUUUUCAACAUAGGCAUCUUAUCCAACAAUUCCUUCUCCCCUCUGACAUGCUGUUCUUCCUCUAAGCUCAGUUGAGCAGGGCCUAAAUGUCAGGAAUGGAAUAGGAUCCAACACGCAGAAUGUUGAUAAAGGGUAACAUAUACCGGACCUUAGAAUGGCCGGACUAAUGUAUAAGAACAAGGGGUAGUCAAAUUCAUGCUGAGAUCAAGGAUAAGUGAGUAAGCCAAAGCCAGGUCAAAGGAGUACAGAAUGAAGAGUAGUCAAAAACGAAGCCAUGAUCAAAAGCUGGAAUACAGAAUAGGAACUAGCACUAUAGGGAACAAAAAUGAACCACAACAGGGCAAAAAACCUAGCCAUUUGAGUCCUUUUUAUACUGUGGCUUGUUAGGAUGGUAGCCAUGCCUCAAAACUUCAUAAUCCAAACCUUUCGGCGGAAUGAGUCAUGACGUCGACGCCCCCUUUUCGCAUCAUUAAAAGGGGUAGGGCUAUUGCGGCCAGCGUGAAAACGGCUGGAGAUGGAAGAGGAAAGCUGAAGGGGACCUGCAACAUCAUGUGAAAGGUGAGUACCAUGAGGGACAACCCUGGUCACCACAGAAGGGACCCUGACACUAUGUCACCAAUUGUCUCUGUAUGUGGAUUACUUGUUGUCACAUAUCCCCAUUCUAUUAUUGUAAAGCUCUGUUGAAUAAGAUGGUGCUCUAAAUGCUAAUAAUAAUUAUUAUAAUCUAAUGCGGAUGGACUAGUAAGGGCAAAGGAAGGCGACAUCACUGCCUUGCUGAGGUUGAUGGCGACAGCUGGAAAGAAGGUUUGCCACCCAAGUUAAAGUGUUAAAUAAUAGGUGAAAGGGGGUAGUGGGGAAACAAAACAUAAAUUGGUGUCACAGUAAGGGCACAGAGUCAGAUGGAGGAUAAAACAAUUACAGUCCAUGACAAAACCACUUUAAGCUAUGAAGUCCAAAAGAAGCAGACAGCAGAUGUAGCCUUUUUUUCUUCAUUUAAAAAUAUCCCAGUAGUCUAGCUUUUUUAGCCCAAAUGAGGAAGUGACUUAUCCAGUCAUGAUGUGCACUUAACUUUCAAAAGCACUACUGUGCUUUUCCCACAAGCAGUAUUUUGUGUACACAGUAGGAGUUGCUGAUAACAGUGGUUAUUGUACAUCAUUAUUAUUGAAUCAAAAAAGGAAACAAAGUAGGUUGUGGCAGGAGUGGCAGAAAGGGUGGACUUAUGGAGCAAAACAAAUUGUUAUUUAUCAAACAAACACUUAGCAUAACUAACUAUAACUUAACCUAUGCCUUGCGCUUUGCGUCUUACUUGUGUAGGUGCCAUAAGUGCCCCUUUAUUAUGAUUUUCCCGCAGCAAAGCAUUUAGUACAGUCAGCAUACUAUAAACUGACUCAGCUUUUAAAUGGUGAUUCAUCAUGUGAUAAGUCAGCAUUUCAAGCAAAUGUAUGAUGAUGUGUUUUGAAUAUCACUUGUACGUAAUAUGAGACAUGCUCAAAGUUCUUUAUUCUGCCAUCCGGCAACACUGCACCAUACAGUACUGGAGCUGGGAAGAGCAUGUGUUCUCAAAUCCGAAGUGAUCCCUUAAAGCUGUAACAGGGAGGCUUAUCUCGUGUACAUUAAUCCCAGUCUCGGGGAUUCAGUUUUACCUUGGUGAACUUAGGAGACCUCGGUCUUAAAUUUAAAGACCCUUUUGUCUCCAGGCUUAAAGUUCUUAAAUGAGAAAGUAUUUGCAAUCUGCUAUGCUUUAGUAAUGACUCUAAUAGUCUCUCUUCACUUUACGGUCAUUCAAGAGGUCAUUCAACAUUCAAAAUGUUGAUUUUGUGGAACCAAAGGAAUUAUAAAGCAUUAGGAAUACAAACCUGUAUUUGUAAUGCUAUUGUGUUCUCUUCAUAGUUUAGAUUGUGGCCCUAAAUCUACUUUGAAAAAAAGGCCAAAAAGGGUAUUACUUACCUGUUUACCCUGCAGCUGCCCUCUCCACCUCCCACCUCCUGCCCCUUCCCUCCAUGUAAGUAUCCAAACGCUUACUUCUUAAGGGUUUGACUUCUUACCUUUUUAGCAGGGUUGAAGAAACUGUUAAACUCUGCAAAAUUUUAAUAAAUUAGACCUGAGUCAGGUGUCAUGAAUAGCAAAAUGAGGAUAUCUCUGUUCACUUGUAGACCUUCAACAUAUUUUUAUUUUUAUCUGAACUUAAUCAUAUGUGUUGCCUCUAUAUUUCAUCCCUUUAUUUUGCCUCUCUGGUUGUUGACAUAAUUUUUGCACUAUAUUCUCUUUAAUCAGUGUAGAUCUAUGAACAUUUCUUAGACCAGUUCCAGUUGGUUUUGUAUAAUGUCCCAAUUUCAUCAAUUGGCUCACUGUCCACCCAAUGCAUCAGCUCAGCCUAUAAAGUUUAUUUGGGUUUUGAAUGCAAGGACAAACCUUUGACCUUGCUAUUGCUCUUGCUAUGUAAAUAUAACUAAUUUCUCAUAGUGAUUCUUAUGGUAGUGGGGAAUGGAAGGUAACUGUCCACAUCUCACUGCCUACCAUCUGUGGAGAUUCAAGAGUUGCAAUAAUAAUGCUCACUAAUAGUAAAAUUAUUCAUAAUCACUUGAUUGGCAUUUUAUAAUUAUUAUAUCAGUGGUAAUCUAGGCAACCUAGCAAUGCCCGCACAAAAUAUGUGCGUGUCUCUGGACAUAUCUUGUCUUCAUACUGUUUUUACACUGUCCUAGAGUAUGCAGCAUUCACAUGCUGCCAUUAAUUCAAUCACCAUUAUAUGCAAAUUGGUUUCCUGCAGUAAGUGAAUUUUACAUACCCUGCUAUAUGCUACCCAUCAGCAUUAAGAAGUAAAUACCUACUAUUCAUGAAAAAGUCAGGUCUAACAUCACUCUCUUCCGGGAUAGUUAAUACUUGAGAGAACAAUAUCAAAAAUCCAUUUCUCAUUAGUCUUCUGAGAAAGGUUAACGAUAAGAUCUUAUACUCCAAACCAGGCUCCUUACUGUCCUGAUCAUCCCUCUGAGAAUAUUUAAUUUCCCACUGAAGGAGCUAUUAAAUAAUAAACAGUUAAAACUGCAUUACAAAGAGCACUUUAACUGAAAGCUAACUUACUGUCAUCAAAUUGCAAGCUCUGUAGAAGGUGGUAAUGUGCACCUCUAAUGUGUUUCUGUUGUUAGUAGGUGAUAACAUAAUCAAGUCAAAGGAGAGAUAACAGUAAAGUAGGUUGAAAAAAAAUUCAGGCUUUGACUCGUUCCCAAUUCAAAACUAUUAAUCACUUUGAAUCUCUUUCCAGUUUGACUAAGGUUAAAAAAAGGAAACAAUUAAUUCCUCGAUUUGUCACAAUUUACAGGAAAUGUUAACAGCUAUUAAUAAACCAUGCCAGUGUUUGUUUUGUACAAACAAAUCAGUGCAGACACAAUGCAAAUAUCAUAGUAACAGUGUUAUUGAGAACUCAGCAGCCAUGUUUAUAUCCAAUGUCUUAUUGCUGUUUAACCCCUUAUCAACCUGUGUUAAAAAGAAAAGAAUUUGCCUAACCUUGAGGGAAUUGAAUAAUAAUUUAAGUGGGCACUGCUCCAAUAGGUUCAAGCCAAUUGGGAAUGGAGUCUUAUUUUACGGGAGCUGGGGGAGGUGUAUAAUUCAAGAUCAUGCGCUUGUUAUAUAACCUGCUAAUGAGAGGGCAGUAGGCUGCAGCAGUCCUAUCUUUAGUAAGGUAUUCUGAUGUAAGGGAGGUAAUACACCUCCCUUGUACUAACAGGGGGAGGGGGAUAUAUUGACCCCCAUAGGCUUUAAAAAAAAGCUGACAAAUGUGCUUUUGAUUCUGAAGCACAUUUAUCAGAGGGUUUUUCUCGAGGAUCUUAUUACAAGGAGGGAGGAGGUAAACAUCCAGACAACAUCAAUGUAGUAGUCUGAAUGCAGUGGCCUUUCAGUUUUUUGCCUGCAAUCUAAAAUAUUGCCAUUUAGUAGACACGGCAGUUUUGUGAUUGCAGGGUUAACAUACCUCUAGGCAGACUCGGUUCUCAAUUAUAUGAGAGCAUUUUAUUGGUGCAGGGUGACUAUUUGCAGCGUAUGCGCAAAAGCCUUCAAAUGCUUCCCUAUGGGUAAACAUUGGAUUGGCUGAGAUCAUCAUCAAAACUGAUGAUCUAAGCAAAGGAGGUGGGGCCAGCAACAUGGAGGGCUACAAGGUGAUUUUCUGUUGGAAAUGGGGGAGGAGGGGACAGUUAACUAGUUACUAGGACACUACAGCUUUAGGAAUACAUGUUUGUAGGGGGGGCUAAGAAUGUGAACAGGGUUUUUUAAACACGAGUAGACCAGCUGUAUGGAGGUACAGAGGGAUAAUUGCAAUACGGAGAUACAUUUAAAGCGGCAUUGUCACAGUCUAGGGACUUUUCAGAAUUUGCAGGGGGCCAUUAAUGGGAAGUUCUACUUACAUGAACCUGUCCCUCGCGGGUGCGACCAUAUUCCUCUUGCCUGGUUAGCGCCAAGAGCAAACAUGACUGCUGGACUCCGUGCUGUGUCACUGCUGUGACUCCCAUCACUGUUAGGCAGCCAGAAAUACUAUUAGUUACGCGAGAGAGUUUGCCAAAGUCUAGUAGGAAACUGUAGAAUUCAAAUGUGAAUCUGUCAGGCUGUGUGUGUAUGUGUAACUCUGUGUGUUUAUAAAUGAAACGCAAUUCAUGAAGCUAUCGUAGGAAAUAUAUUUCAGUCAUGUAAUAUGAAAAUACAAAGAAGUAAAGCAUGUGCUAUUGAUAAAUAUAAUAUUGGCAUUGUGACCUUCUGUUUUAUUACAUAUGAUGUCCCCAGAGCUCCUGAAUGUCAUUAUUUUUAUUUAUACAUGUUUCAGUUAUGUUCUCAGUCAGUCGUUUGUAUUUUGGUCUGUCUGAUUAUCCACACACUUACCGACUAAAAUAUAAUACAUAUACAAUGAUGAAGCAGUGUUAAUCCCUACUGGCUGGGCGUUGUAGGAUUGCAUAGCAAGCAUAUGUCAAUACAGCAUUAACAUGCAUCUCAUAUGUCCAUGAUUGUGGUUUCUAAACCUGUAAAGCCCAGUACACGCUGCUGCUUUAAGCUUUGUGUGCUGGAUAAACCAGGAAUGGACUGAGCUGGAUUACUUCUAAAAGGAUUUCAUUGAUCUGCUUUGUAAGCACAACUGUAUGGCAAGUAUAGUAAGUAACAGGAACUGUAAAUCAAUAGGUUAUGCUAAUAUAGUAGUACAUUGGUAAAUAACUGCUUGUAUUUCAUCUUCUGAAACAUUAAUUUGAUCUGUGUUGUUAUAUUACUCAAUUACAUACACUCUAAGAAAAUGAAAACCAAGAUGAAACUUUUCAUUAAAGUGAUUCUCAAACAUAGUUUGCCUUCAAGAUUGAGGUAUAGUAAGUUUGAGUUGGUAUUGUAGCUUUUUUUCUUUUUUUGUAUAUUUAUAUUAUUUGCUGUUAGUAGAUAUAGAUAUAGAGCACAUCGGUUUAUAAUGUGAACUGCUGGGCAAGAGGCGUAAUGAGAAAUCACCGGACCCUGAUGCGAAAAUUGCCCUGGGUCCCCCAUGUGUCUCAUUCUCCCACCAGCCUCUCCAUGUGUCUUAUCCCACACCAGCCCCUUCUAUGUGCCUCCCCACAACCCCUCCAUGUGUCUCCCCCCAUCCUUCCAUGUGUCUCAUUCUUUCCCUUUAGCCCCCCCAUGUGUUUCAAUCUCGCCCCCCAGUCCCUCCAUGUGUCUUAUCCCCCACAGCUCCUCCAUGUGUCUCAUCACACACCAGACACUCCAUGUGUCUCAUUCCCCUCUGCCCUUUCCUGUGUCUCAUGCCCCACCAGACCCUCCAUGUGUUUCUCCAACCCCCUCAGACAUCUCUCUCACCCCCAGCCUUCCAUGUGUCUCUCCCACUCCCCCAGUUGUUUUUUCCACCCCCCAAUUGUCACAUUCUCCCCUCCAGCCCCUCCAGCCCCUCCAGCCCCUCCAUGUGUCUUUCCUGCAUCCAUCUCCCCUCCUGCACCGGCUCUGUACCUCUAUGUAGUGUGGUCAAGCAGACUGAGAGGAAGUGCUUGUUGCUCUCAGUGAGCACUUCCUGUCAGAGCAUGGUCCACUUGACCACACUACUUGCUGUGACUGGCAGAAGGGGAGCACUGUGCUGUGCACAAUGCCACAGUCACAGGGUUUGACACCAGGUCCUGGAGUUAUGGGUGCAUUAACAGCUGCGACCACUCCGACUGUGGUAGUUAUGCCACCGGCUGGGCAUGUUUCUAAAUAUGGGACAUGCCUCAAGUCCAGUUUAUGCCAGGAGCCCAAAAUGCAGUGUUUUUUUGCCCAAAAAUAGCCAUUUGGUAUGUAUGGUAGAGGUAUGAGGAAAAAAAUGUGUACCUUCUGCACACAUCGAUACUGUUCAGUUUUCAUGUUGAAACUUUGGGUCUGGCAUUUGGUAUCCAGGUCAAACAACAAUAUUAUUUAUGGAUUCCAUCCAUUCUUAUUUAUGUUUUGUUUGGCUCAUCCAUUUCUUUACUUGGGAAUUUCAUUUUCUUUUCUUUUCUGGUUGGGACUACUACUUUUUGCCUGGAAUCAUUUUAUUUCUUACCAUGGAAAAAUGGGGCUAGAGUGCUUAGUUUGUAGAUUGCAUUAUGAGUGUACAUCUGUUACACUUACUACAGUAAACACUCAUUGCUUCCUGAGUAUUUCCCUUGAGAAUAUUUAGUGGAGUAUAAUGCAAAAACCCACAAGUUCUGGGGAUUUUUACAGUGUCAUGAAAAGUGAUGUGUCAAAUCUAUUUUAAAUACAGAAUGCUUAGCUGAUAAAUAAAGAGCAUUUUUGGUCUAUACGGAUUGGUAUUGAAGAAAAAAAAUAAAAUAAAAUCAGGUACAUAAGCGUGACUUGUGGUUUUUAUAAGCAAUGUUUAUUGGCCUGUCAUUGGAAUGCUUUUUUGGGGGCCUUUUACAGUAACACUGCCCCCACCCCACAUUUUCACAGACAUACAUGCAGAAAAGCAUUUAGAGGCACAUUUAGUAAUACACAAACACACAAAAGUAUAUUUAGUGCCAUAUGUACAGACACACACACAGUUUGGGGCCCCUUAUACAACUUAAGGUCUUGGCCCCCAAGGCUCGCCCCUAUGUCCACCAACAGGGACCACCCCCGAGAGUGUCCACAAGAAUGAGUUAAGUGGAUGUAGUGUCUAUGUGUAUAGAGAAUGGAGAGUGUGUAUAGUGGACGCAAGGUGUGUGUAUCUGUAUUGUGGAUGCAAAGUGUGUGUGUGCGCGCGCGUGUGUGUGUGUGGUGGAUGCAGCAUGUGUGUUUUUGUGUAUAGUGGAUGCAGUGUGUGUCUUUGUGUUAGUGUGUUAGGUCGUUUUCCUGGCACUAUAGGGUCAUUAGGUCCCCCCCACACUCAGGGCUCCCCUCCCACUUACCUUUCUCCAGCGCCGGGCUUCCUCUGUGCUGGUGAACUCUCCACCCCCUGCCGACGUCAGAUCCGAAUGCGCAUGCGCGUCAAGAGCCGCGUGCGCAUUCAAACAGCCCAUAUGAAAGCAUUUCCUAUCGAUGUCUAGCUUUCCUACCGACGUCCAGCAUCUUCUCACUGUGAUUUUCACAGUGAGAAUCGUGGAAGCACCUCUAGCGGCUGUCAGUGAGACCGCUACUAGUGGCUGGCUUAACCCUCAGUGAAACCCUCAGUUUCUCUGAAAUUGGUAUGUUUUCAGCUGCAGGGUUAAAACUAGAGGGACCUGGCACCCAGACCACUUCAUUGAGCUUAAGUGGUCUGGGUGCCUAUAGUGGUCCUUUAAUGUAUGUUCCUUGGUUCUACUUUUGUAGACUGCUGGUAAUUGCUUGACUGGCUUUCUAUUUUUCCUUUAAUUUAUAUUUUUUUGGGUGGGCUCCUCAAAGGUAUUUAUUUUAUUAUGUAACCAAUGUUUACUGCAUUUCACUGAUUUUCAUAUUCUUGUAGAACUAUUUGUUGGUGUUUCAGUGAUAUCAAUAAUCUUUUGUAUCCCUAAGGCAGUUGUUGAUUGCAACUUUUCUAUUUUCAGUCCAGAUGUAUCAGAUACGCCAUUUAAUUGCCAACAUAUUUAUUUAACACAAACUUUUACAUUUUAUAUCAAAUUGAUUUUUGAGAAGAAAUGUUAAUGUGUUUUUUUAUUCAUGCUUCACAUAUUGUGUUCCAGCACAGCAAUUAUUGACUGAAAAAAAUUACAAUUUUUAAAAAACUUUGUUAUAGUAAAUAUUUUUUUUUUAGCUAAUAUACUUAUGUUUCUGUCACCAUGUAUAAAAAUAUUGCAAGUUUAAACUUUAUAAUUUUUGUCUUUGAUUUAAUUGUUUUAAUUUAGAAAUACUAACAUUUUAAACUGAUUUUGAAAGGCUUUUAUAAAAGAUUUAUAAAGACCUAUGAUGUUUUUUUCACGCACAAUAACAUUGUUAUACUAAUUCUUGUUCUAUGUCCUGUUUUUGUUGCUGUUGUAAUGUGUACAAUUUUUUAAUUAUUGAAUUUAUAGAGUAGGGGCUUAUUAUCCAAAACAAUCCUGACAGUCCCUCUCACAGAAUCAACUACUAAAAUAUUUAACAUUAUGAAUAUCAUUUUUAUUCAUUUUUCUGCUCCAUUGACUCAUCAGUAGCUACUAGCGAUGCUAUUAUGAAUAAUCCUAUUUUUAGAUAAUGAUGUUUAAAACUACUAGCAGAGAGAAACACUAAAUGUUUUUAUAAACACAUUUUGGAAAAUAGAAAGUCUGCUGUUUUUAAUAUCCCUCUCAAUGCUUUUCUUUCAGGAACACAUACAGAGGAUAGACCUAGAAGUAAAUGCAUUUGUGGAUUACAUGUUUGGGCCAAGAGGUAAGUACUCUAAUAACAUAUUCCAUUUAAGUAUCUCUAACAUUAUUCUUGUGGCCAAAAAGUUCCUAUCUUCAAAAAUGUUUCCUAUCAGAUACUAACAUCUGUCUAACUGCUGCUAAUGUACCUUAUAACCUUUCAGACGUACCAUUAUUUUUGGAACUGUCAGUGUUAUUCACUGAAGAAAUUGUAAAUUGCAGGGAAUUCAAACUAAAUUUCAUAUUUUAGCCCAACAUAGUGAAACUGAAAGCAAAACUUUCUCUAUUUGCCAAUAUUGGCCAUACAUUUUAAAUAACUCUGUGUAUGUCACAGCAGUGUUUGUAUAUACUUUUUCUAUCUGUGUACAUCUUGUAACCAAGGUUUCCAGUACUGAAUGAGAUACUAAAAUAAGCCUUGUUCUGGCCAGACAUUCACAUUGUGUUUGCUCAAAUUGAGAGACUGCUCUAGACAGUGCCAGAGUAAGGGUCCUAUGGACUUGGAGCUGAAAGUUCUUGCUUAGAGGCCUCUGUUAGCUCCUGGCCCCAUAUCAACUACAGCACGGUGUAGUUGUUAUAGUGCUUGGAGUGUUCAGUUAACUAGAUGUUGCAGACAUAUCUAAAACUAUAGUCAAGUGCCCAUAUAAAUGAUCAAUUGCGGGCACAUAAACACUUUUACAUGUGAACACUGGAUAGUUCAGUCCUAUAUAAAACCGUCUGCACAUGAUGUCUUCUUUGUUGUUUUGCUAAUAUAGGUCUACCCAAGUAUUCACCCUUCCAUGUACAAUAUGGGGUGUAAUCAAUAUACUAGAAAGUAUAGUGAACUGUAAUAACUGUAUCAAAAUGUAGUGAGCUGACAUUUUAUUUUUUACCACCUUUCUUUUCACCAGUCUCUAUUACCGUUUCAUUUACUGUGAUCGUUCAUUACCCCCAGUCUCUUUCAAAAUCUGUUUUACAUACUUCUAUAUAUAGCGCAUAUUACUAGGGGCUCUGUAAUCUCCUAGUACACCUUGCACAUUACUGGGAGCUCUGUAAUCUCCCAGUACAGACUGCACAUUGCUGAAGGCUCUGUAAUCUCCCAGUACAGACUGCACAUUGCUAAAGGCUCGGUAGUAUCCCAGUACAGACUGCAUAUUACUGGAGAUUUCACCCCCAAAUAACCCCUUCCUAAAGCUACACCUCCGGCCCCUCCCCAGUCCCCACCUUGCCCCUACAAAUUUCAUCUCUCUUGGAACACUUACAGUUACCUGCAGACUCACACAGAUACACAUACACACAUAAACACAGACAGACAGACAUGCACUAGCAGGCAUCAACACACACAUAUACACAGACAGGCUAAAACAGGCACACACAUAAACAAGCACAGAUAGGAAAACACAGACAAGUAUAUGCAGUCACACACAAGCACUCACACCCACAAAAAAAAACUGUUACUCACAGAUAGAUACACAUAACAACAUUUUACAUGAAUGUGCAUAGUAAUGCAUCAUAGAACUCCACAGUUCUGUGUGAAUAGAACUGUUUGUUUUGUGUUUGUGGUGUAAUAUUUGUGUCUAGGGUUGGAGAUAGAAAGUGUGUGAGUAUGGGGUGUAGUAGAUGCAGUGUGUGUGUAGUGGAUGCAGUGUCUGUGUAUAAGGGACACAAGGAGUGUGUGUAUGGGAUGUUGUGUGUUUUUACCAAUGAUGUAGUUUGUGAGUUUAUAGGUGAUGUAAUGUUAUUGGUAAGGUAUGUGUUGGGUGUAUCCUGGUGAUGCAGUGUGUGUAGAGUAUGGUGUGUGUGUAUUACUAUUAUAUUAUUAUAUUAUUUAUAUAGCGCCAGCAAAUCCGUAGCACUGUACAAUUGUAUGUAGUGUGAGAUAAGUGAUGAAGUGUGUCUAGGGAAUGUAUUGUGUGUGUGCUGGUGAGGCAGGCACUGUUAGUGUGUGCACUGGGGAAGCAGUGUCUGUGCUGAGGAUAUAUUAUGUGAUAGGGUUGUAGUGUGGAGGGGUCAAAUGGUGCUUCAAGUUAUAUGUGUGCUCUGAACUGCCUGUCAUGGGACCAAUACACUAGCUCUGCACUCGGCAGGUCGGUGAGGCAGAUCUUUGACUUCCACUGGCUUAUGAAGGCAUUCCUCUGCAUGGGCUGUCCCUGCAGAUAGUGGGGAAAAAUCUACAUCUGACAUUUGGAGCUUGAGCCCCUAAGCCCCCCCCCAUUGUCCCCCCCCCCGUCCCCUCACCAUUGUCAGCACCUGCACAUUACUAGGGGCUAUGUGAUAUACCAGUACACACUGCACAUUACUGAGGUUCAGUACACACUGCACAUUACUAGGGGCUAUGUGAUAUACCAGUGCACUAUGCACAUUACUGAGGUUCAGUACACACUACACAUUACUAGGGGCUAUGUGAUAUACCAGUACACACUGCACAUUACUGAGGUUCAGUACACACUGCACAUUACUAGGGGCUAUGUGAUAUACCAGUACACACUGCACAUUACUGAGGUUCAGUACACACUGCACAUUACUAGGGGCUCUGCAAUAUCCCAGUAAACACUGUACAUUACUAGGGGCUCUGCAAUAUCCCAGUAAACACUGUACAUUACUAGGGGCUCUGCAAUAUCCCAGUACACGCAGCACAUUACCAGGGGCUCUGCAAUAUCCCUGUACAUACUGCACAGAGGAUGGCCUGUCACUGUGGACCCAGGAGGAGGCUGUCUGGCAGCAUUAGGGCACCCCUGAAGCAAGCUCUUAUUCACUAAAGCAGAGUAAGCACUUGCUUACCUGGAUGGCAGGUGCCAACUCUGCUGAAACAUACCUGGGAUGAGCGAGGAGGCAGGCGGCGAGGCAGUUUUGAUGUUCUUUCAGUUCCUCACUGCUCCCUCAUGUGCUCUACUGUGAUGCUUGGAGCCAGAAUAUGAUGUCACUCCAGCCCCGGCAUCACUAAAUAGCGUGCAAGGCAGCAGUGAGGAACUGAAAGAUUACAGGAGCAACUGGACCUCAUGGAGAGGACCCACACCAGUUCUCUCUCCAAAGGUAGGGAAGCUGGAUGGGCCUGAAAUAAACAAACCACAAACAAUUAAAUACAAGUAUGCAAGAAUGUGUAAAUGUGUAAGUGGGCCUGUCAUUGUCUGUGUGUGUGUAUUUGUGUCUGUCUGUCAGUAAGUGUGUCUAUCAGUGUUUGUCAAUGUGUGUGUGUGUCUGUCAGUGAGUGUGUUUCAAUUCAGUGAGAGUGCAUGUCUGUAAUUGAGAGUGUGUUUCAGUGUGUCUGUCAGUGAGAGUUUGUGUGUCUGUCAGUGAGCGUUUGUGUGUCUGUUAGUGUGUGUCUGUCAGUGAGAGUGUUUCAAAUAAAUUAGAGUGUGUGCCUGUAAUUGAGAACGUUGGUCAAUGUGUGUCUGUCAGUGAGUGUGUUUCUAAUCAAUAAAAGUGUGUGUCUGUCAUUGAGAGUGUGUGCCCGUGUAUCGGUUAGUGUUAGUGAGUUCUGUCAGUGUGUUUGUCUGUCAAUGAGUGUUUCAAAUCAGUCAGAGUGUCUGUCUGUCAUUGAGAGUGUGUCUGUCAGUGGGUUUGUCUCUGUCAUGUGUAUUUGUUUGUGUGUGUAUCUGUGCCUGUCAGUGUGUUUGUGUGUCAGUGUAUGCAUCUGUGUGUAUUCCAGUGUGAAUGUGCAGGGCAGUGUAUGUGCACUUCGCAAUCAAACACCAACUGUGCAUAAAAACACAUUCAAACACACACUAAACACAAUUACCCUACUGUUUUCAAAUAGCAACAGUACAUAAAAACAUACAACUGCAUUCAAAUGCUAAUACUAUACACAAAUAUACACAAGUGUUUAUUCAUAACAAUUGCACUUUGUCAACAAGUACUAUAUUCUUUACAUGACUAUGGUAUGACAGAGGGGCAGUGCCGAUGGGAGCUGGGGGAUGGUGGUACAUGGCAGGGCACAAACUUUUGUUCUGUCCCCGGCGACUGCAACUCUGGUUACACCUCUGAUCCAAGUACACAUUGCACAUUACUAGGGGCUCUGUAGGAACACUGUAUACUCACUAUAACAACUUCAUCUAAGUUAAGUUGUUGUAGUGUCUACAGUAGGUCCCACUCUGUCUCUGGCUCAAAAAAAAUCAAUUCUUUUAAUAAUUAAAAGGUUUGAAAGCGUAGCUUCAAGUCACGCCUCCAAGCUCUCAGGGUAGGCUGGUUGGGACUUCCUGACUCUAAAACCCUAUCAUACUGUGAUAGGCACACCACCAAGAUAACAUCACGCUAGGAGGAAGCCACAGCAGCGCUGAAGAGAAGGUGAGUAAAAAUAAUCUUUUUCGUUUGGUUUCAUUUUAUUUAAUUUUUUGAGUGCGGCGGGCUGAAAUUAACUAGACACAGUAAGACCAUAGCGUUAGGAAUACAGAUAUGUAUUUCUAGCGAUACAGGGUCUGUUUAAUUUAACCAGUGAGCUGCCUCAGCACGAUUAAUGCAGGGCACAGUAGCUGCCAUAUUAAAGGUUAAUAAAGCUGGUAUAUGUUGAUAUCACUGGUGGGUUGCCUAAAAUGGACAGGCUUCAAAUACCAUAUUUACUAGGUACUCACUUCUUGCAGAGUGCUAAGGAGCAAGUGACUUAGAAAAGCAAAUGUACUUUCCCGGAAUAAAAGCUUUAUUAUAGUGUAUUAUAGUUUGACGAGAUAUGGAUCACAUUCAUACAAGGAGAGGUCGGAUUAACUCAUGAAGGAGUAUUCGGGAUACCUGUGUAUAUGUAAAUAAUUGAGAUGACUAAAAUAUUCAGUGUGUGAAUGAUGAUUAAAUAAUCGGCGAGUGGAAAUUUUGAACCCUUCGUUGACGAUAAGUGACCUUACAGGACUGUCCUGAUAUCAAUGCAUUUAUCUGAUCCUUUUUCAUGAAUGCAUUGACAGUUAGGUAAGGUACAUCAUUGUGCUCCUGAUUCUGUUGAUUUUGCUCUUCAAGAAUAAAGUGAUAUGUUAUGGGACAAUUGGAAGUCCACCAAGGCUGACAGAGGAAUAGGAUUAGGAGCACUUGCCUUCACAGUGGUUUUUACAGUAACUCCUAAAUUCCCCUUAAUCUUAAAUGCAGGCUUGUACAAGGGAUGAGCCACGUGUGCUAAUGCACACUGCAGUGCUUGGCUGACAUGUCAUUCCUAUUCUUAGUGUAUAUCCCUACCUGCGCUUAUGUGAUAAUAUUGGCUGCUCAUAAUCCGGCUGAAGAUAAAAAGUAAAAUCGACUCUAUAUUUGUUUUUACACCUGAUUACCACUUGGGCAUUAUUGGAAGCAUUAAUACCGAAUUAUUUUAUUUAUAGUUCAGUCAAUUAUGCUGCCUGUUAUAAAUACUUUCCUUGAUUGGUCAUUAAAAACAAUCCCUGGGUUCAUAUCUUGAUGGCAUGUAAUGUAGAUGCUUAGACCUAAAAAUCGGACACUUCAGGACAGCUUGCAUUAAUGUUUUAGAAUGUGUUGUUAUUUUAGAAUGUUUUGUUAUCCUGGUUGAAAUCAGACAAGUAAGCAUUGUCCCUAAGGGUUUUCUGACUCAAAUUCCCAGAGCAACUUAAUGUUUUAUAAGAUAUGGUCGACACAAGCAAACACAUUCUGCUUCUCUUGGGUAUUAUAACCCUUUCUUAUGCCUUAAAAAAAAUCGAAUUCUGUAUUACGCUAUGCGUCAUCUUUUAAUUAUGUGUUUUCUAAUUACGUUGUGCCUAAACACCCUCAGACGAAUAAUUAACAUGGUAAGGAACCAGUUUAUAGCGGCAGCUAGCUUCCUGGUAUAUAACAAAUAUCACAAUAUCUCCAUCACCUAACCUGCAUUGUUUUAUGUUUAUAUUUACAGAUCCCAGAGUUAAAGGAUGGUUUAUGCUGGACUCUUACCUACCAACAUUUUUCCUGACUGUGCUAUAUUUUGUUUUAAUAUGGUUGGGGACCCAAUAUAUGAAGAACAGGGCAGCAUUCUCACUCAGGGGCCACCUUAUUGUUUACAAUCUCGGUGUUACCUUGCUUUCCCUGUAUAUGUUAAUAGAGGUAAGAUCCUAUUCAAGUCAUUAUGAACUUGUCUACAUCAUCAUAAUCUUACUACUGAAAUUUAUAUUGUCUGAUUUGAUGUUUCCAAAGUAAAAAGGGCAAUACAACCUUUGUUUAACCCCUUAAGGACACAUGACAUGUGUGACAUAUCAUGAUUCUCUUUUAUUCCAGAAGUUUGGUCCUUAAUGGGUUAAAGGUGUAAAAUGGUCAAUUGAAACAUUGAUUUAAAACAUAUAAAAAUUUUCAGGAAUUCAAUUUCCCACAAAGAAAAUUUCUUUGAGAACUAGAUAAAGAGUUUCCCCAAACCUUUUUUUUGUAUUUAAUUUGAAUACUUACCUUUAUCCAGCAGUGGGAAAAGUUCUCCGUUGUUGUUCUUACCUGAAGUCAUGUGGUCCCAUCGAGGUCUUAUAUAUAUAUAUAUAUAUAUAUAUAUAUAUACACUGAACAAAAUUAUAAACGCAACACUUUAGUUUUUGCCCUCAUUUUUCAUGAGCUGAACUAAAGAUCUAAAACUUUGUACACAAAAGGCCUAUUUCUCUCAAAUAUUGUUCACAAAUCUGUCUAAAUCUGUGUUAGUGAGCUCUUCUCCUUUGCCGAGAUAAUCCACCCACCUCACAGGUGUGCUAUAUCAAGAUGCUGAUUAGACAGCAUGAUUAUUGCACAGGUGUGCCUUAGGCUGGCCACAAUAAAAGGCCAUAUAUAUAUAUAUAUAUAUAUAUAUAAAACAUUAUAACAUUUCAUUCUAGUAAUUAUAUAUAUAUAUAUAUAGUAAUAGAAGUGAAGUAUGGCACUCUACCCAAAUUGUUUUUUAAAUAAGUCAAAAAGACAAAUAACCAUGGUGCUGCUCAGCGCAAAGAAAUAUAAUGAAUGAAUGAGAGCACUUGCUGGACUUUUUCCAAGUGUGUAUUCAAGCAAAGCAAAAUAUCAACCUUACGACCAACCGGUCUUUAUCAAGAUGUAUAUAUGGGUGUGUGUGUGUGUAUAUAUAUAUAUAUAUAUAUAUAUAUAUAAUAUAUAUAAUAUAUAUAUAUACAGUUGCAAGAAAAAGUAUGUGAACCCUUUGGAAUGAUAUGGAUUUCUGCACAAAUUGGUCAUAAAAUGUGAUCUGAUCAUCAUCUAAGUCACAACAAUAGACAAUCACAGUCUGCUUAGUACUCAGUACUACCCCUUUUGUCUGUGUAUGUAAUACAUCACCUUUUCGGUUUACAUCUUGCUUAAACACAUUUCUAGAGGCUGUCAAACCAUUUGGUGCACUUUAUCAUUACCAUGUUUAAUUUUUCAAAGUGUUGAUGUUUUAUGUUGUCAUACACAGCAUAAUGAUGCUGAAUACCAAUAGUGCUUCUCAAAAAGAAGCACUGGUUUCAGUGCUUCUCUAAGAGAAACACUGGAUUAUCAGAGCAUGGCCACACAGGCAUCUUAUGUCCCCCAAUACUUUCAUAUGAGAAACAUUGGAUAGGACAAAAGUCCUCAGAACUAUAAUAAGAAAUAGUGGCACUGUCAUGGCCUAUUUCCCUCCCCAUCCAUGGGUGACAGGUGUGGGCUAAAUGAAAAAUACACCCCCAGGUGACAUGGAGUCCCCCCACCCAAAAAAAAAGCCCUACCUACCACCCUCACCCUAAAAAUAGUGAGGGACGAACAAUAAAACUAAAUCCCUGUAAAUAAAAAAAAAAAUGUUGAUGUCUUCUUUUUUCUAAAACCUUCUUUUUUUCAGCCCCAAAAAACACUAAAUUAAAAUCCAUUAAGCCCGUAGAAUUUAUAAAAUAAAAAAGACCCGGGCGCAAAAAAAAAAAAUACAGACGAAAAUAAUCUAUCUUCACUAAGAUUUUUUUUUUUUUAUGCUCGGGUCUUUUUUUAUUUUAUAAUUCGACAGGCUUAAUAGAUUUUAGUUGGCCAUUUUUGGGGGUGAAAAAAGAACGUUUUAGAAAAAAGAAGACAUCAAAUGGUAAGUUUUUUUUUUUACAGGUAUUUAGUUUUAUUGUUCCACCCUCACUAUUUUUAGGGUGAGGGCGGUAGGUAGGGCUUUAUUUUAUUGUUUUUUGGUCGGAUGGGAGGGGUGUUUUUUUCAUUUAACCCUGACCCGUCGUCCAUGGGUGGGGGCCAAGAGGCGGGGAGAAAGAAUAGGUCCCCCCAUUGUCUUUUAGGGCCCCCAACCACCGUUAAUGGGUGGUGGUCGGGAGGGGGGAAACAAUAGGCUCCCCCCAUUGUCUUCUCCACCUGCCGCUCAUGGGUGGGGGAAGGGGGGAGGGCAAUAGGUCAUCACCUCCAUUGUCAUUUAGGGUCCCCACCCACCGCUCAUGAGUGGGAUCGGGGGUGUGGACAAUAGGUCCCCCCAUUGUCAUUUUGGUCCCCCAUACGCCGCUCAGAGGUUGGGACCCUAUGUCCCUCAUUUAAUUAAAUAGUGUUUUACGUAUUGUAGAUUCGCCAACAGGGAUGUUAGCGUUUGCCAGUGACUUUUGUAAGUCUUUAGCUGACACUCUAGGAUUCUUCUUCACCUCAUUGAGCAGUCUGCGCUGUGCUCUUGCAGUCAUCUUUACAGGACGGCCACUCCUAGGGAGAGUAGCAGCAGUGCUGAACUUUCUCCAUUUAUAGACAAUUUGUCUUACCGUGGACUGAUGAACAGCAAGGCUUUUGGAAAUACUUUUAUAACCCUUUUCAGCUUUAUGCAAGUCAACAAUUCUUAAUCGUAGCUCUUCUGAGAGCUCUUUUGUGCGAGGCAUCAUUCACAUCAGGCAAUGUUUCUUGUGAAAAGCAAACCCAGAACUGGUGUGUGUUUUUUAUAGGGCAUGGGCAGCUGAAACCCCCGAGGCCCUAACCCCCGAGGCCCUAACCCGAGGCCCCAACUACCGAAUUUCGUCCUAACGGAAUGAGAACAGUUUGUUCAUUCAUGUUAGGAUGACAUUCUAAGAAGCAGCCGUAGCAUUUAUUGGAAUUUCAUUAAUUCAAAUGAAAUUUCAAACCAAACUAAAAGCACCGAAUGUCAUCCUAACAUGAAUGAACAAACCGUUCUCAUUCCGUUAGGACGAAAUUCGGUAGUUUUGACGUUCGGGAAUAGUGAAAACAGGCAUUGCAAGAUCACGGAGGAAAGGAUGAGUAUUGUGGGAAAAUUUCUCUGACCCACAGGAAGUCGGUGGGAGCGGGUCAAGCUUAGGAAAACUACAUAAGACAAACCAAUCCCUACUUUCUCUUAUGUUUUAAAGAAAACUAGAGCAGUUAAGAAACAAAGAAGAACAGAUCACGAGAGAGGGAGAGAAUAGGAAGCCAUUCGGGAAAGAUAAGUUCAGCAUGACAGUGCCCCUUUAAAAGGAAAUUAUAGUCAACAAAACAACUUUAGCUGAAUGAAGCCGUUUUGGUGAUUAGAUCAUGCCAUUUACUGAUCAAUUAUCUGCCAUUUAAGAGUUAAAUCACUUGUGUUUCUGUUUAUGCAGACCUAGCCACAUCUCCUCUGGCUGUGACUGACACAGCCUGCAUGAAAACAAAUUGGUUUCAUUUUCAAUCAGAUGUAACUUAUUUUAAAAAGUAUCUAUCUCCUGGUCUGUAAAUUGAACUUUAAAGGUAGUGUAAACAUUAGAUGACUCUUUACAGGAAAUGUUUAGGAAGACCAUGCACGUCACAUGCAGGGAGGUGUGACUAGGGCUGCAUAAACAAAGUGAUUUACCUCCUAAAUGGAAGAAAAUUGAGCAGUGAGACUGCACGGGGCAUGCUCUGCACACCAAAACUGCUUCAUUAAGCUAAAGUUAUUUUGGUGAAUGUAGUGGCCCUGUAAAUAACAGAAUAUCAAAACAAACAACAGAACAAAUAUGAUUGAGAUUGAUAUUGAUGACAAAAACAUGCACAGAUGCACCCAUUCCAGAGAACACAGUAAAGGAGUACCCCGUGCAUUAUCCUGGUGACAGGCAGACUUACUGUUGCAGGAGGAAGAAAUAUAUAUAUAUAUAUAUAUAUAUAUAUAUUUUUUUUUUUAUUAUUUUUAUUUUUUUGGAACGUUGCUAUAAACAUGAAAUUAUCUUUGGCCAUGACAAUUUGAGAUAUGACAGCAAAUGAUUUUAUCAGCAUCUCUAGCUUAUAUUUACAAUCUAAAUAUAUAUACAUAUAUAUAUAUAUAUAUAUGUUCAUACAAACAAGAGCAGCAUGAAAUUUAAAGGGAUGCAUAUUUAAAGCCAUAAAACCCCAGUUUCCAAACAGCACUGUAAUUUUUUGUUUGGAAUAAGCUAUCCUAGCUGAGACAGUACACUGAUCUACUAAUCUUUAUUUGUUGUGGGAUUAUAGUUUGCAUGCAGUAGGACUCAUAUUUAUCACAAUUUGCAUUUAUAAAGAAUUCUGUUUGCUUUAUAUAAUACCGAUGCUGCUGUGUUAUUAACCUUUAGCAUGCCGGAAGAUUUAGAAGCCCCAAAGCAUUGGGAUUCCAACUUAUCUAAUUCUCUUACGUGUUACCAUGUUUAACAUCAAGUGAGAACUUUUUACACAGUUUUUUUUAAAUUUCCUGUAAAUAUACUGAAACAUGUGUGGCCUUUAUUUAGGCUUUAAACAGACAGGGAUUGUCAGGGUGAUGUUUAAAGAAUAAGGCAUUGUUAGUGUACAUGUGCAAAUGAUAAACAUUUUUGGGGUUUGUUACUGAUUGGUAUCAGUAUAAGAGAAGUAGCUCCAGAUACAUUACUUGGGAGUCAUCUGUGUACUCAAAAUCCUAACUGCCUCUAGUGUUAUUAAAAAAAAAAAAAAAAAAGUUUAUUUAUAUGGAAGGAAAAAUAUAAUUUUUUAUUAGAAAUGCCCAUUAUCAAUUAUGUUUCCAGUACUAUUGCCCCCCCUCUUCUCUCCCAAGACUUUCUCAAAACAGAGAUAGGAGAGCAAAGAUUGGGAGAGGUUCGCUAUGAGUGAAUAAGACCUGUAGUUAUAUGACUCCCUUCUCCGACAGGUAAGUAUGCAAAUGGAGGAAAAUUUCCUUGACAUAUGCAUAGUCGCCUUUUCUGGCAUAUGCUUAACAAACCCCCAAAGAUACUCAGACACCUUUGUUUUGUGAAAAUUAUCACAACUUUAAUAAUAUAAAUAGUACUUUAAACGUUUUUAAGGUCAUUGUCCACAUAUUAAACAUAACAUAACACCCCAACUCCUUCAACAAUACUACCCCAGACAAUGACCCAUAUCACAAUAAGUAAAACCACAUUAUAACAUAUAAUUAACAUAAAAAGAUAACCAUUGCCACAGAUGGCAUGAUUUUCCAGGUUUUUCCAUGUAGGGUUAUACCGAGAUACACCCUACACCCACCAGGUUCAGAGCUACUGUUGUAGAUAAUUUACUGCAAACCAAUUAGUUUGAAUGACUAUCUGUUCCUGUCCAAAUUAAAGAUAAUAAAGUUGCGUGCACGCAGAAGUAAAUUCACACUGAGACACAAAGUUCAGGUUAAUGAAAGAACUUCGGAGAAGUUUAAUGGCUUCUGACAGAAAAUGGGUGCGCAGACCCUUAUAAAGGCAUUAUUACAUCAUUGAAGAAAAUCAAGAUAUAGACAAAUAGACAUUGUUAAUUGGCUUAGGUGCUAAGAUGUUAGUAAAAUGCCCUCCCUAUGGGGUGUACCAUCUUAAGUCACUAUCUACGUCAUGCUUUUCUCCCCCAGGUUUUAGCGCCAUUUUGCUAACAUGAGGAGCUCACUCGACGGGAGGGGCCUUUUGGCAGCUAUCCAUUUAGAGCGUAGCUGGCACUUGUUAGUUUCUCAAGGUUAAGUUUCAAGGAUUUUAGUAAAUACACAUUUUAUCAAAGCUAUUUCUUGCUGACAUGCAAAUUCUAUGUUCUAUAGACAAGGCUUUCUUGUAAAACUAUGGGGGCCUCUUAGAGGUAUAGCAAGAGGAUUUAAAGGGGCCUUACAGACUUAUAGAGGCCUAAUAAUUCUACAACACUACCAACGAGCUCGAACCUACCAAUACCCUUCCAAACCUAAUUGUUCUUAGCGAACUAAACUAUUUUACAUCAAGACCAAUAACCUACACUCCAACUUAUCUAUCCAUCCUUUAACACCUUGACUAAACGGGAGCUAAAACAAAAAAAGAGGGAGAGUGGGACAAAACAGGUAAGUGAGGAUUAAUUAACAUGGCCUCUAAUCUAAAAUGGCCACUAUAUAUACUCCUUUAGAAAAAAAACCCACCUCCAAUAACACUCCCCCACAUUACACCCCUUCGAUGCCAGUCUCCUAGCCAUGUCAAGGCCCAUUCCCCUUAGGAACUGAUAAUGUUGGGGAGCAUCAAAAAGGUGAAAUAAAAAUAUAAAACAGACCAUGAUUAUUUAUCGGAACUGUCUUCUGGUCUACUUUAUUAGUAAUAAAAUGACUCCCUUUACACAAUAGGUGCUCCUAAUUUUGCUCAUAAAUUUUUUAAUUAAAGCCAAAAACUGACAAACUGGUGCUUAGUGAAUUGUCUCAUGAAUUAGACACUGGUAUUCUUUUGCUCGAAGGUUUGUGUGGCUUUAUCUGUAAUUCAGAUAAAAUCCCCUUUAAGUGCAGUAUGAAGUAUUCAUUUUGUAGAUUAGUUCAAAAAAAUUAGAUUUAUGCAGAUUUGCCAUUCACAUGGCUCUUAUGGCUCUUACUGUGCUAUUAUAAAAUUACAUCAUGAACUGCACACACAGAACAAAAGCACACAAAGGCUCAGUGUGUUCAAUUUAUAUAAGGAUAAAAGAUUUUAUGUACAAAAAAUGCCCACUGGUUAAACAUUUAUAUCAAAGUAAAGUGACUUCCACAGUAGUUCUCAUGCAACAUCCUUUAUUCCAAUUACAACAGAACAUUCUGUAUGUUUAUUUCUGUGAUGGGAAAAGCUUAGAUUCUAUGGAAUAGAGAAUAUAUAUGCACAACGUGUUCCAAUUGCUAUAAAUGCAGCCAUUAAUACAGCCUUUUUUAGAAAAGGGACAAUGCAAAAAAUGAAAAUGUCUAUAAUGUUAGAUCUGUUUAAAAGAAGAACAUUCAGUAUGAAUGCAUCCCAGCCCCCCCUCACCCAACAUUUCAAAUGGACACAGAGCCCAGGGCUGGAGCUGUUCUGAAAUUUUUUAGUGACUUAGUAAUAACAAUAUAUGCAAGUAAAGUUCCAUUUAGAACAGGAACAAUGUAUCUUAUUUACAAAGACAGAUUUAUUAGCAUUAUUGCUGUGCAGCUCUGUUAUAUAGAUGCAGACACACCAACAAUAUGGAGCUACUAGAAAAGAGGGACAAUAGGAUAGAAAAGAUGAACAGAGGGAUUUGGACCAAAAAUAGGGACUGUCAUUUCUAAAUAGGGGGACAUCACUGAUCUGACUGUGUGACGUUCUGUAGUGGCACAUCACUGAUCCUCUCAACUGACUCUUGUGCUAUCAGAGUCAACUGAGGUCAGCCGAAAACAUAUGACCCCAAACAAGGUAUUCAGGUCAUUUGACACACACACCCAUCUACAGGCAGAUACAUUUCUGGGUGCUGCCAUCUUACAUACUUGAAGAUGGCAGUGCCUAGAAAGAAGUCCCAGAAAGACGUAAAUCCGUCAAAAAGUAAACAUGUUUGGAGUGGAGUUGCCUCUAGUCUAGUCCCAAAGAUAGUUCUACUGAACAUGUUCUGAGCCUAGAUUCCUUGGCACCUUCUAAGCAUGUUAAUACAUAUCUUGACAGCGGCAUAUUUGGGAGCAGCAGGAAACUGGAAGAAGCUGGUGCCCCCAACGAUAUAAUUAGUACAUGACAAAAUCUCAUUAACCUAUAUUUACGAGGAGAUAUCCCACAAAAUUAGAGGGACAUGGGAACUCGUUAACAAACUCUGGAAUGUUUGGCAGCAGUACCUGUAUGUAGCCACUAGAGGUUGGAUUAACCCUGCUAUGUAAACAUAACAGUUUCUCUGAAACUGCUAUGUUUACAUGUGAAGGGUUAAAACCCGAGGGACAUGGCACCCAGACCACUUCAUUGAGCUGAAGUGGUUUGGGUGACUAUAGUGUCCCUUUAACCCCUUAAGGACCAAGUUUCUGGAAUAAAAGGGAAUCAUGACAUGUCACACAUGUCAUGUGUCCUUAAGGGGUUAAAUCUCGUUUAUGUGGCCCAUACUAGACUUUGAGUUUGACAUGCUUGCACUACAAUAUGAAGGAGGAGCGUAAAGGAAAUUUUAUCUCGAGUGCAGUUUAGCGGUUAAGCAAUGACUACAACAUGCAGAUGAAAUGUUAUUUCUAAUGGCAGGUGCACUUUAUGUGACUAUAAGAAACAGAGAGCUGAGCGUUUCACACCGUUUUCUCUUCUCUCCUAAGCAGUAUGCCUGGUUUGGCUCUUACAUGCAGAUGAUGAACAAGUGUUUUACGGCUGGCUGUAUUAAUAGCCAGGCUGACUCUGGGAGCCGGUAAUGUGUGCCAAAGGUCAGCAACUAAAGAACACGAGGACAAGUGCCAGUUACAUUCAGCUCAUGCAGUUGCAGAGAAUAAAUGACCCUUUCUCCCAGUAUACAGACAGAAACACUUUUUGUCUUGUAACAUUCUAAUUUUGUGUCUAUACUGUGGGGCUCAGCAGCUUUUUCCAGAGUGCAGUCUCUUGAGAGGGAAAAAAAAUAUACAAGGUAUUAAUGGAGUUAUCCACAUUCUUAUUGUGCUUACAUUCUAGUAAAGACUAUAUGAAAUUUGGAGCAGCGGUGCUUAAAUAUUUUCCUCUCUCUCUGGAGGGACAAGUAACAAAGAAACACAGAGGCAGAUUUUUGCUCCUUUGCUGUGGUUCCCACUGAGGGACAGUGUUCAUAAAUCUGGAAUUUGCUUCAAUAAACUGGAAUUUUGUAUUUAAAUGUGCAGUCGAGUUUUUGUUUUCUUUUUAAUUACAAAAUAAAGAUUUUUUUUCUGUAAUUUCUAUAGUUCCCAAAUCAUUCCAUAGUAUUUUAUAUACUAAUAUAGGAUCUGUUAUGUCCAUACAUUUAAAUAACCUAUCUUCAUAAGUAGCAAAUCAGUCUUCACAGCCUAGGUUAAGGAUAGUCAACCUGCGGCACUUCAGAUGAUGUGGACUACAUCUCCCUUGAUGCUUUGCCAGCAUUAUGGCUGCAAGAGCAUUAUGGGAGAUUAGUUAACAACAUCUUGAGCGCUGAAGGCUGCCUGCUCCUGGCCUAGAUCAAUUAUGGCUAAUGAAAUAAGGCAGAAUACCAGCAGGAGAAACUUAUUUUUGUUUUGCUUGGGACCUAGAUUAAAAAGAAAACUUAGGAUAGUAUGCAGGUUAGUGAACAUAACCCUUAAUUUGUAACACUUUCCUUCUUUCUGGGUUCCAGAAAAUGUUUUGAAGAUUUUUAUUUUUUUUGCAGUCAUUCUGUAGUUUAUUGAGUCAUUAUGGCAGAGUACAAAAAGGAAAAAGGAGUGGGAAAUGCAGUGCAUGUGUACAUAAUACAAUUAGUGGAACAAUAUAAUUACAUGAUAUCAGCAAGUUAAUUCCUCCUUCUGGAUGUUAUAGCCUCUUUUAUGUUAUGGGAGCAGUAGAUUAGGUAAUAGACCAAUUAUAAAUUAUAACUAAUAAUAACAUUGAACAUGGCCUCAGUGGCCAACUACAAUAUGCCGCAGCAAAUACAGUCAGGUCCAUAAAUAUUAGGACAUCGACACAAUUCUAAUCUUUUUGGCUCUAUACACCAACACAAUGGGUUUGAAAUGAAACAAACAAGAUGUGCUUUAACUGCAGACUUUCAGCUUUAAUUUGAGGGUAUUUACAUCCAAAUCAGGUGAACGGUGUAGAAAUUACAACAGUUUGAAAUUACAACAGUUUGUAAUAUUAAACAUUGUGGGUAGUUACAGUACCCCUUUAAUAUUCUCUUACUAUUUGGGUAGCACAAUGUACCGAUCAAAGUAAACUUCCUUUGCAAACCUGUUGUGAGUCAACUAUGCUCUUUAAAGGACCACUAUAGUGCCAGGAAAACAAACUAGUUUUCCUGGAACUAUGUAGUCCUUAUCUGAAACUGCUAUGUUUUCAGCUGCAGGGUUAAAACUAGAGGGACCUGGCACCCAGACCACUUCCAUGAGCUGAAGUGGUCUGGGUUCCUAUAGUGGUCCUUUAAACAUUGGUGAAUGCAGACUAUAUAGCAUAACAUUUCUCUUGAUUUUUCCUUAGCUCAUUCUUUCAACAUGGGAAGGACGGUAUAACUUACAAUGUCAAAACCUGGACAGCGCAGGGGAAGCAGACAUCCGGGUGAGUUGUAACUAUUUCUGUGUUCUAAUUAGUCUGUUCGUUUAAGUAAUGUCUUUAAGUGACAAAAGGACAGGGAUAUAUAGGCACACAUACUGUUGGUGAUGCUGUAAAGCAUAAAAUAAGUGUAGACAAUUUUAUGACUGGUAUAUCAGCUGCUCCUUUAGCGGUAUAUUAAUAGAUCUCUUACUGCAUUACAUGUUACUCUUAAAUUUGCAGCUUAUCCACAAUUUGUGUUAAAUGUUUGCUUUUACAACUUGUGUUUCACAGGUGGCCAAGGUCCUAUGGUGGUACUAUUUUUCAAAAGCUAUUGAGUUCAUGGACACCUUUUUCUUUGUUCUUCGGAAAAAGAACAGCCAGAUCACAUUUCUCCAUGUUUAUCACCAUGCGUCAAUGUUCAAUAUAUGGUGGUGUGUAAUGAACUGGAUCCCAUGUGGACAAAGUGAGUAUUGUGUCCAUUUUCAUGAAACGUUUUAAGCCUGCAAUAAUGCAACACAGAGUAUUGUACAUCUUUUAAUGCAAGUCUGCGAACCUGCAUGAUCUGCCCCAGGGCCUCCAAAUUUGUCAGCAUAUUAGCAAUUAUCUGGAAUGAGAGAACCAUUUAGGUCUAUUUAUUGUCUUCCCAUAUCUGCCUGACUAUGAAAACACCAUCAGUUUUCGAUCACUUCUGAUACCAAUUGAGUUUGUGACCAUUCCUUAUACCCUGGAAAAUAUAUCUUUACUUCUAGAAAACAAUGGUUAAUCUUUAAUAUACAGAGUAAUUGUGGACAGAUCCUACUUUUCAUGAUCAUCGUUGUGGUACUAUAGAAAGUAGAGGUAGCCUACAAACAGAAUUGGAGGAAUUGAAAGGCUACGAAAUAAAGAAAGCUUAUAGAAGCUGCAUUUGUUUACACUAGAAGAAAAUGUGUCUUAGAUUGCAUGUGAGAAGGGCCAAUACAAGCAGCAGUCUGGAGAUCUGUUCAUUAAAGAACAUUUAUUUAAAAAAAAAAAAAAAAAGAGGUCAUUCAUUGAAACUUAAGAGACAGAUGUUUUGCAGGAUAUAUAUGUUUAUCAUAGUUAAAAUGGACAUUAAACUUUUAUUGUUUUAUUAUUUUUAUCGCUUGUCCCAGGAAAAAAUCAGACUCCUCCUUGAUUCCAUAGUUCGAAAUUUUUCCUUGACGACUCCGUUAGAAAUCCCUUGAAACAGAUUAGGUCUUCUUUUGGAUUAAAGGCAGCAGAAGUGCUAUGUUAUUGAACUUGAUGAGCUUAGGUGUAUUUUUAUCCUACAUCAUAUACAUAGUAUUAUGUGUAUUUUUAUCCUACAUCAUAUACAUAGUAUUAUGUGUAGGUCAUGGUACUGGUGCUCAAAAGGUACACUCGCAGUAUUAGUAGUUAAGUGGGACACUAAAAGCACCAAAACAAGAUUAGGCACCUGCAGUCUCAUUUCUCUGCUAUUUAGGAGUUAAAUAACUUUGUUUACGCAGCCCUAGGCACAUCUCCCUGGAUGUGACUUACACAGCCUUCCUAAAUAAACACUUCCUGUAAUUUGAGAUCUAAUGUUUACACUUCCUUUAUUUCACAUUUUGUUCAAAAUGAAUUUCUUAUCUCCUACUCUGUAAAUAGCUUGCUAGACCCUGCAGGAGCUUCCGGUGUGUGAUUAACUUUACAUUUAUGGAGUAGGAGAUAAAAACAUCUAAAGCAAGAUGUGAUUGAAAAUGAAACCAUUAUUGUCAUGCAGGCUGCAUCAGUCUUAGCCAGAGGAGUAGGGGCGUGUACUGUAUAAACAGAAACAAAAGUUAUUUAACUCCUAAACAGCAGAGAAUUGAGCAGUGAGACUACAGGAGUAUGAUUUAUAUGCUAUAACUGCUUCAUUAAGCUAAAGUUGUUUUGGUGCCUAUAGUAUCCUUUUAAACCAGUUAAGUUUUGUUUGACAACGUACCUGGGCACUAGUGGCCAUAGCCUUGCUUCUGGAUUAUCCUACAAAUAAGAAUCUGUUUAGCUCAUCUAAGCUAAAGUACUAGACUAAAGUAAAUUGUUAAACUAUUCUUAAACAGUCUGAAUACUUAAUCUGAGAGGGUGCUAUGGCAUUCCUGGCACCAUAACUACAGCAGGGUGAAAAGGUUAUGGCCCUUGGAAUGUUCCUGUAAUAAUAGAUAUAUAGGUGUGAAAUGAAGUUGGCAGCUUGACAAGAGACUCCUUUGUAUUCCAGGUUUCUUUGGACCUACGCUGAAUAGCUUUAUACACGUCCUUAUGUACUCUUACUAUGGCCUGUCUGUCAUUCCAUCCAUGCACAAGUAUCUGUGGUGGAAGAAGUAUCUUACUCAGGCACAACUGGUAUGUUUAAUAAUAUUUAAUUUCCAUGCUCUAAUCCUAUAGGCAAUAGCAUACACAUGCAUUCAUCUUGUAUACACACAAGAAACAUUGAUACAACUAUCAAAAGGGAAUUCACAUUGCACACAUUAAAUAAUCAUUUUGUCAUGUUUUUGCAGUGUGUUGCCAUGUGAUCCUCACAUUUACUCAUGGGUCCUAUUCAUCACUCCAUAGUAUUACCACAUCACAUGUAUACUACAACCAUCCCACUCAAUGCAUUUUAUGAGAGUGAAUGAUGGAUAUAAGCCUUCUAUGUUUUCUUUAACCACCCAAGAACCAUAUACAACAGGGGUGCCCAAAAGGUCCCCAAAUGUUUAAAAACUACAACUUUCAUGAUGCUUUGUCAUUCUAAAGACAUGCAAAGCAUCAUGGGAGUUGUAGUUCUGCAACAUCUGGCUAUCUUCCUUUUUGGCACCCCUCUUAUACAUGUUAUAGGUGUUAUUGGUAGGUUCAAUAGUGCUUACUUCUUAGAGAUACUAUCCUUAAGCAUUGUACAUACUUUGUGAACUUCUACACCAUAAACUAGAGAAGCACAACAAGAAGUACAGAUAUCCUGAAGCAGAAUUUAUGCAAAGUUACAAUGUCGUCUUUUUGUAUGUUGCUUUAUAACAAAACAUUUAUUGAGAACUAUAAACAAGAAUGUCAAGAGCAAUUUGUGUUUGUGUAUGUUAUAGAUUCAAUUCCUGCUUACCAUCACACACACACUCAGUGCAGCGGUUAAACCAUGCGGGUUUCCAUUUGGUUGCCUGAUGUUCCAGUCCUCCUACAUGACUACACUGGUCAUCCUAUUUGUGAACUUCUAUUUCAAGGUAAGUAGGCCAGACCAACCACUUUCUUUACAUUUGGUCUAUCUUUUUAUUGAUUAUCAUAGAAUGUAUGGCUGGGUGGCCAGUAGAUAGUGGUCCUCCAGAAUAUGUUUUGAGAUGAUCUGUAACUUAUUUUUAAAGCUGGGGAUGGCUUUUAGGUGUUCAUCUGUUUUAAUGACUAUAUGAAUAAAAGCCUGCACUCUUUGUGGAACCAAUCUUGACGAACCCACUGCUAACUGUACCACUAAAAAUACUGGAUCAGAUUUUAAGGACCACUAAAAGUACCCGGAUCAUUUCAUCUCAAUGAAGAAGUCUGGGUGCAGUGGUUCUAUAGUUUUAACCAUGCAGUGUUCUUCUUUGUGGUUUUGUAGAAACUGCAAUGUUUACAUUGCAGGGUUAAACACACCUCUAGUGGCUGUCUUCCUCUACAAUGACUAAGUGAAACUGUCAUGUGACCAAAUGCAACACUUAGGUAAGCACUGAAUUCAAUGUUUUUGAAUUUGAUUGGAUGUGCAUGUAGCGCCCACCCCGCGUGCUCUAUGAACAUUAGAUUGGACCAUUGCAGAGAGAGCAAUGGGUUUCAAAUUUGAGCACUUACUAUUGUAUCUGAAGUGGUUAUGGAUAUGUUAUCUAGUGUUUAUCUGCUUGUACUGUGUGUUGCGCUUUCUUUGUAUAACCUGUAUUUAUUCACUGUAUGAAUAGAAAUCUUAAGGGCAAAUUUACUCUGGUGUGCCUUGGGUUUUUCUCUACUAGGUCUAUGGAUCUGGUGGGGGGGUGGGGGGGAGGGAGGAGGAGAGGAGGGAACAGCUACAGAAUCUGUUGGCACUAUAUAAAUGGCAAUAAUAAUAAUAAUAACAGAUUUUCCCAUAAAGCACCCACCACCUCUUUACCACACUAUCAACCAUAUUGAGGUUGAGUGCUCACUAUAAUUUUUAUGCAAACAUAGAAACGGCAGAUAAGAACCAUUCGGCCCAUCUAGUCUGCCCAAUUUUCUAAAUACUUUCAUUAGUCCCUAGCCUUAUCUUAUAGUUAGGAUAGCCUUAUGCCUAUCCUUAACUUAGCAUGCUUAAACUCCUUUACUGUGUUAACCUCUACCACUUCAGCUGGAAGGCUAUUCCAUGCAUCCACUACCCUCUCAGUAAAGUAAUACUUCCUGAUAUUAUUUUUAAACCUUUGUCCCUCUAAUUUAAGACUAUGUCCUCUUGUUGUGGUAGUUUUUCUUCUUUUAAAUAUAGUCUCCUCCUUUACUGUGUUGAUUCCCUUUAUGUAUUUAAAUGUUUCUAUCAUAUCCCCCCUGUCUCGUCUUUCCUCCAAGCUAUACAUGUUAAGAUCCUUUAACCUUUCCUGGUAAGUUUUAUCCCGCAAUCCAUGAACCAUGGAUUGCGGGAUAAAACUUACCAGGAAAGGUUAAAGAGUAGACCGUAGCAACAAGGCAGUCUUGGCGUUAACAAAUUUAAACAAAACCUUUUUAUUAUUAUUAAUGCAGUAAACAUGGACUAGUCAUUAGGACAUUGAAGCAUUAGGAAUUUAAGUUUUAAUUCUAAAACGUUAUGUAUGUAUGUAUGUAACAUAUGCAUGAAAAUCCAGUAUUUAUGUAAAGCAAUAGACUGGGCUUGUUUCUUUUUUUUUAUAAAUUUUAUUAUGAAACAUUAUUUGUUUUUAUAACAAACUAUGAAUUAAACUUUCUAGUUUCAGGUGUAACCUUAAAAGAAUAAAUAAAUAAAAAUAAACAAAGGAAGUAUACAUAAAUUAAAUUAGGAUUUGAUUUUUUUUUCUAAAUAAAUUAUACUUACAGUGCUUGAAAACUAAACUGCCAUAGUGCACGAACUUACUAUACACAGCCCUAGCUUAAGCACUGUAUCUGACUAAUCAUGUUCUUGAAUAUAGAAGACCAGGAGAUAUGCGCUCCUUCAAACAGUUUCUAAGUGCUACGUAGCACACAAAAAGACCUUGCAACUAUUAUUUCAUUCACUGAUCCUAUACUUUUUUUUUUUAAACUGUACCUUAAUACCCAAUUAUUUUGAGCCUCUAAAGGUUUCAAUAAAUAGCUCAACUCAGGUUUAUAGAUAUGGUUAUAGUCUAACCGAAUUAAAUAAAAGAAAAAAAAAUGGAUAACAAAACAAAUAGUUUUUUGUGUUCUUAUUCACACUAGACUUACAAGAAAAGACCUUCAAAAAGCGACUCAACUGAAAAAGAAGCAAUCAAAGAACUGAAGAAUGGAUACCAUAAAGACUUGUCCCAUGCCAGCAAUGGGAUCGGGCACAAAAAGGAGAACUAGUUGAGGAGAAGCAAUUAACAGAAUAUUAAUGGGCAGCCCCCGUGGUUUAAAGAUGUUCAUCGUUAACUACUGACAACUCAUUUCAAGGCAAUAUAAACGCAAAAAUAAUCAUCACCGUCCAACUUCUAUUAAUCUGUUAACAUGUAGGGCUUGACAAAAUGCACCACAGGCUUUUUGUUGUCGAAUGUCACCAUAACUAUAACAGAACUGUAGUCCAGAAAAUGCCUUAUUGCCCUCCCUCCGAAAUCCUUUUACAUUUUUUUAAUAGUUUUAAAUAUGACCUAGGGCUUUUUAUGUACUAAAAUUAUUAAUUCUUUAAAAAGAGACUUGGUUUUAUGUUACUGUCCACCUGAUCACACAUUGGACAAGGAACGGUUCUCGAAUGUUGUGGAUUUGUAGAAUAACGGGCUCAAAUUAUAUUUAAAAUAUACUUUUACUGGCUCUACGUAAUGGCAUUUCGUUUCACUGUUUUGUUUUGUUUUAAUGGGAAUUAAGGGCUUGAGCAACAUCUAUUGGAUAACAAUUUAUAAUAUGUAAAUGUAAG